AUGUACCAGAGCUUAGCUAUGGCUGCCAACCAUUGCCCUCAGGCCUACGAAGGGGCGAGUGGCUUCAUGCACGGCGCGGCUGCCACUUCUCCUGUCUACAUCCCGACCACGAGAGUCGGCACCAUGAUUCCCAGCCUUCCUUAUCUCCAGGGGUCUGCCUCAUCGCAACAAGGCAGCCCCUCUGGCCACUCCAUCUGGACUCAGCCCGGAGCCGAGAGCGCCUCGUAUAACCCCGGCUCGACGCACCCGUCCGUCUCGCCCAGGUUCUCCUUCGCCGCCGGCUCCCCCAUCCCGACCACCACCUCCAGAGAGGGAGCCACGUACAGCAACCCCCUCAGCAUCACGGCCAACAGCAGGGAACAAUACGCCCGCAGUUUCAGUGGAUCUUACUCCAGCCCCUACCCAGCCAGCUACAUGACCCCGGAGCUGGGGGCCACUUGGACUUCCUCGCCCUUCGACAACCCCAUGCUCCAUAACCUCCAGAACCGGGGGACCCCAGGAGGGACUAGACACCCCAACCUAGGUAAGAUCCGCUCUCUCUGUUACCUUUACAAUACAAUGCAAUAAUCUUUAUUGUCAUUGUCCCAUAGAGAAGAACAAAAUUGAAAAAAUCUACAGCAGAUAUUCAGAAACCCACAAGCCUGCUAUCCCAGCUAUCCCAGCCUGUUUAGCCCCUAAAAACUCUGAUACCCCAUAAUUGAAUACAAUAUACCCACAUAAAGACUACCUUACACUGCAUUUAAAACCAAAAUCGCAUUUGGGUAGAAACUCUUUCUCAGGUGGCUAGUCCUAGUCUUUAUAACCCUGUACCUUCUUCCAGAAGGCAGAAGCUGAAAGAGAUCAUUUCCGGGGUGCGCACUAUCCUGCGCUAUGUCUUAUGGCACCUGGAAGCAUAGAUUUGAUCCAAGGUGGGAAGAGUGCACCCAAUUAUUCUCUCCGCAGUCUUUACAACCCUGGACAGCAUUGUUUUCCCCCUGACCAUGCAACUCCCAAACCACACACACAGACCAUAAGUUAAUACACUCUCAAGAGUACAAUGGUAAAAUGCCAUCAACAGGUCCUUUGAGAGAUUGUCUUUCCGAAGGAUUCUCAGAUUCUUUAGUUAGGGUCUUUCUGGAAGGAAAGAAAAAAGCGACAUUGCUAAGCAGGUUCUGGGGAUGCUGAUUUUGAACUGACCGGCAUCUAACCAAUUAACGAACUGAAAAAUUUAUCUGGAGAAGAGGGCGUUUUGAAAUAAUAUUUUUAUGCUUAACUGCAAAAUCGUAGAUGCGAACAAAUAAGGUGCAAGGAAGCAAAUGAAAGCAUCUGUUCACAAACGAUAACAGAGUUUGUGUUGGUUAGAGUGUGGUGCUGAUAACACCAAGGUUGCAGGCUUGAUCCGCAUAAGGGACAACUUCUUAUUCCUGCAUUGCUGGGGUUGGACUAGAUGACCCUCAUGGAUCCCUCCCAACUCUGAGAUUCUUUGAUUCUUUGAAAUGGAAGGCUGCAUAAAGUUGUGCUUUGCUGCUAAACUUGUUCCAAAGCGUUACAAUGAAUGCCCAUCUUUCUAUGAACUUGUUGGGUUGAUUUAUGUGUGUACUUUUAUGAUAAGUUAGUCAUUUUUACUAUAGACCAAACUUUUAUCAAAGCAUUCAAUGUACUCUCCAUUCCGUUCCUCAGUUCUUAGCUAUUGUGAUCCUUACUGCUGACUGCUGUUUCCUGCUCAUACAUUUAGGUGAACUCUGAAUAUUCUACUACUUGGUUAUUUGAAGGAUGUUAUCUCUGAAAAUGAGGACAUUAAAAAAAUAUCUUUCUUUUCCAUGAGUGUCAGUUAACUUAACCAUGAAUAGUAAUUAAAAGGCUACUCUAGGAAAAGAAUUGGGAACAUCGUACAUUCCACUUUAGGAAAAUAUAAACAGAGCUAAUUCUUUCUUUUUUAAAGUUCUGGAUCCAUCUGUAUUGCUAAGUAAAAACAAAAAUCCGAAUGAUGCUGAUUUCAGAGAGAAUGCCUUUCCUCCAUUGUUGGUUUUGUUUUGGUUUUUUUCAAAAUUAUUAUUCAUUUUAUAACACAAAUAGACAACACAAACGGAAAAACAAACAAUACAAACAAAUUCUUGUCUUAUCCUUAUUUUUUCUAAACAUUGUUAGGUGGGCUUCCCCAAGUCUCCUCUAUCUGAUUUUCAUUUUACCUCAUCUUUAGCACUUUACAUAUAUCAUAAUUUCUAACUAUUUUCUUUUUUUAAAUCACGCUUACUUUAACCAUAAAAAUCUUCACAUUUUACCACUUACAAAUAAUACUAUUCAGUUGUUGGUUUUGGGGGAAAUCUGAUUGAGUGCUAUGAGGUUUCAAAGGUAUUUUUAUAUGCAUAUGUUAGUUCUUUUAAAUGCAGAGGGACUGAACUUGAACAUGCCUUGCCUUAAGGCUGCUAAAGACCCAGCAGUCUGUGCGUGGGGCCCUGAUCCGGUAGCUCCAGGCUGGGGAAAAAGCAAGCUUCCUGCUUGAUUUAGGACACAAAGGGAAAGUGAUGAGUUUCUUUCCCUGUAAGGAUGGAAGCAACUAAACACUUCAUUGAGGCCAUAGGGUGAUGUUUAAUCUGCUGCUAAAGAUGCCAUAUUUUUUCCUCUCUCCUUUGACUUUAGAGCUUUUGUUGAAAUGAAUUAAAACUAUUUGACAGGUAGGGUUCUAAUCCCAGGAGACUUUGUUAGCAAUAAGAAGGUUACCAGAUUGCUCAAGAAAUCCAGCCCGUACACAAACACACCACAACAUCCAGUUGCAAAGGAAGAAAUUGGGAGUGAAAUCAACUAGGGAGACUAAGCAUUUUGAUGUGGUUCUGACGUGUCUGAAACUGGGAGAGAAAGGUUGGAUUCCACAAUCGCUAUUCUGGAGGACCUCAAGCCAGUCCUAACCUACGUAUCAGGGUUGUUGUGAAGGUAAAAUGGGGAGCGGGAGACCUUGAGCAGCUUGGAGAAAAUGUGAGAGGUACAUGUAACGAAAUUAAAACGUGAAUAGGAAAUCAUGUUUUCAAACAGGCAGAAGCAACAAACUUGCAGCACCUUAAGACUUGGCAUGUUGCAAAUAUAUCUCUUUCCUGUAUGGUAGGACAACAUUGUAGUUGGUGCUAGUCAAAUCUCCUGGGUGAGGGGUAGGGAGGUGACAUUGAAUUAGUGGGGUGCCAUAAUAAUAAUAAUAAUAAUAAUAAUAAUAAUAAUAAUAAUAAAUUUUAUUUAUACCCUGCCCUCCCCAGCCAGAGCCGGGCUCAGGUCGGCUAACACCAAUAAAAUUUCAGUAAAAACAUAAUUGGGAGGGGGGGGGACACAAUUUAAAAUACAGGUUUAAAUGCAAUUUAAAAUGCAGCCUCAUUUUAAAAGUAGCCCAUAGAUCAAAACCAUAAGGGGAGGGAAACAUAAGGGUCACAUUGAGUCCAAACCAAAGGCCAGGUGGAACAGCUCUGUCUUGCAGGCCCUGCGGAAAGAUGUCAAGUCCCGCAGGGCCAUAGUCUCUUGUGACAGAGCGUUCCACCAAGUCGGGGCCAGUACUGAAAAGGCCCUGGCCCUAGCUGAGACCAGUCUAACCACCUUGUGACUUGGGACCUCCAAAAUGUUGUCAUUUGUGGACCUUAAGGUCCUCUGUGGGACAUACCGGGAGAGGCGGCCCCAUAGGUACGAGGGUCCUAGGCCGCAUAGGGCUUUAAAGGUCAAAACCAGCACCUUAAACCUGACCCUGUACUCCACUGGGAGCCCGUGUAGUUGGUAAAGCACUGGAUGAAUGUGAUCCCGCGGUGAGGACCCCGUAAGGAGUCUCGCUGUGGCAUUCUGCACCCGCUGGAGUUUCUGGGUCAGCUUCAAGGGCAGCCCCGCAUAGAGCAAGUUACAAUCAGUUCCCUUGAUUGUGGAGGUGACCGUUGCAUGGAUCACUGUGGCCAGUGAUCCAUGAAGGAGGUCCUUCUCUCAGAUGAUAUCAUAGAACUGCAAAGUUGGAAGGGACCCCCUCUACAAUGUAGGAAUCUCAGCUAAAGCAUCCAUGACAGAUGGCCAUCCAACUUUUGCUUUAAAACAUCCAAGGAACUAGGAGACAUAUCUCCAGAUUUAAGAUUUCCGAGAACGGAGGGGAUCUGGUGGAGAGCCUUGAUGCCAAAUGGGACAUUUGCGUUUGGAGAAAAGGCGAUUCGGAAGUGGCACGAUGAUAGAAGUUUCUGAGUCAUGCAUGGCACGAAGGAAGGGGACAGAAGAAAGUAUUUGUCCCUCUCUCAUAACACUAGGACCAGAGGCCAUACAAUGAAGCUGGAUAGGCAAAAGAAAGCACUUCUUAACAAAGGAGGAAUGGUUAAGUAAACUUUGUGAGUACAGUGGUACCUCGGGUUAAGUACUUAAUUCGUUCUGGAGGUCUGUUCUUAACCUGAAACUGUUCUUAACCUGAUGCACCAUUUUAGUUAAUGGGGCCUCCUGCUGCUGCCACGCCGCCGGAGCAUGAUUUCCGUUCUCAUCCUGAAGCAAAGUUCUUAACCUGAAGCACUAUUUCUGGGUUAGCAGAAUCUGUAACCUGAAGCGUAUGUAACCUGAAGCGUCUGUAACCCGAGGUACCACUGUACCUGGAAUUAGCAAAAUUGAAGGAUUUAAUAAGGCAUAAGUCAAAAAUUUUAAUUCAGGAACAAUGGAUUAACAUGUUUAAAUGAUUAAGCAGAGCUCAAAUACAAAAGUUUGGUUGUGUCUAGACUAACCUUGUGAAGAAUGCAGAGAACAUAAAGAUUUGAUUGAUUAUGAAAGAAUCUAAGGAAGGGAAAUGAUUCAAGAACAGAUGUAAAUGCGAGUAAGACAACUAAGAGACGUGAGGUGAACGCAGUGGAAGUCAUUUAUAAUAUUUUAACUAAGAUUUAUAUGUUGCAGUAUUUGAAGCAAGAAUUUGGUAAUUUUCCAGGUUAUGAAAAGUAUUUUUCCUAUUCUUUUGUCUUUUGUCUUUAUAUUUUUUUUAUUUUUCCUUUCCUUUUCUUUUUAUUAGUUUUCAUUUUGGAAAGUGUUCUUAUGGUGUUAUGUAUUGUUCUUUAAUUUCUAUUUUUUGAAAAAAUAAUAAAAAAAGAAAGCACUUCUUUGCACAGUGGUAUCAUUCAACUGUGGAACUCUCUCCCACUUGAGACAGGGAUGGCCACCAAUUUGGGAGCCUUUAAAAGAGGAUUAGGCACAUUCACGGAGGAGAGGUUUUAAUGACUGCUCUGCUCUGCCUCGAAGAGAUACUUCCAAAUACUAGUUGCUGUAAACCCCAGGAGGAGAGAGGGCUCUUGUGUUCGAAUCCAGAAGGCUCUUAUUAUGUUCCUAAUCAUUUAUAGACAGGCUGGUGCAGUAGUUGAGUGUGGUCAGUCCUUUAUCUUUGAGGAUAAGGCUGUCCAUGGAUGCUGGCCACAAUGGCUAUGUUCCCAGUCCCAUGUCGGAAGCACGAUGACCCUGAGGCCAUUUGAUGGAAAUCCCCAGUGGGGAAAACACUAUUGCUUGUGGGAUUCUGCAGGCAUGUGGUUACCUACACAAGAUGCUGGAGAAUUUGAGCCUGUGGCAUGAUCUGAUGGGGUUUUCUUUAGGUGCGUAUGAAAACACUCGAGACUGCUUAGUGUCUGGGCCAACAGCUGUGUUUAGGGCAGUUGGGAGAGCAUGAGACGUCAAGGUCGUGGGUUUGAACCCCACACUGGGCGAAAGAUUCCUGCAUUGCAGCGGGUUGGACUAGAUGACCCUCACAGUCUCUUCCAACUCCACUACAAUUCUAUGAUCCCACAGCAAAUGCUCAGAAACAUUUCAAUAGGAUUUAGGUUCUGUUCCAGUUCUGAUGGGGUCAGGGCCAGAUUUAGGUUUGAUGAGGCCCUCAGCUACUGAAGGUAAUCGGGCCCUUUAUAUGUCCAGCUGUCCUUUGUCAACAGCAAAUUGUCGCUGUUUUUGGUGUUGAAUAUAUGCUACAUGGUAAUUUAUGGACCUGAUAGGUAUCUCAAGCCAUUUGCACAUGUUGCCGUGUGACCAGUCCAUGCAGAAUGUAGGCACCCUAUAUAUAGAAAGGAGCAAAGCAGUGAUAUUUUAGGGAGCAGGCGAGCAGGAGGAGCCCAUUACUUGCAUCAUAAGAGCCUACACAACACAAAACACUGUUGCUGUAUGUAGGUUUUAUUUUAUUUGUUUUUUAUCUUAUAUUUUGGAAAUGUACAUCCAGUUGUUUUUCCUUUAAAUUUUUUGGGGGCCCCCAAGAGAGUGGGGCCCUAAGCUACCGCUUGUUUAUAGCUUAUAUGUAAAUCUGGCACUGAAUGGGGUUUGUAUUCAGAGUGGGUUGGACUUCCCAGGAUACCCUCAGACAUCUCUGCUGUUUAGAGUGUUGGAGUGAGACACAGAAAACCGAGGUUCAAAUAUCCACUUGGAUAUUUGGGGUGACCAUGGACCUAUCAUGAACUUUCCGCCUAACUCACUUUUCUGGGUUGUUGUGAAAAUAAAAUGGGGAGGGGGAGCAACAUGUACGUCCCAUUGAGCUCCUAAGGGGAGAGGUGUGAUAUAAAUGCAAUUGAUAUAAGGAAGGGCCACGGUUUAGUGAAUAAGCAUCUGCUAUGCAUGCAGGUUCAAUAUUGCUGGCAUCUCCAGGUAGAACUGGAAUAGACGGCAUUGCCUGAAAUGCUUGAAGCUUGAUGCCAAUCAGUGUAGAAGAAGAAGAAGAAGAGUUUGGAUUUGAUAUCCCGCCUUUCACUCCCUUUUAAGGAGUCUCAAAGCGGCUAACAUUCUCCUUUCCCUUCCUCCCCCACAACAAACACUCUGUGAGGUGAGUGGGGCUGAGAGACUUCAGAGAAGUGUGACUAGCCCAAGGUCACCCAGCAGCUGCACGUGGAGGAGCGGAGACUCAAACCCGGUUCCCCAGAUUACGAGACUACCGCUCUUAACCACUACACCACACUGGCUCUCAACGCUACUGGACUCGAUGGACCAAUGGACUGGCUUGCCAUAAGAUAGCUUCCUACGUGGUUGGCAUCUGUCUGAGUGCAGGUGUGUGCCUUUGGGGGUGAAGUCAAACUAAUAAUAAUAAUAAUAAUAAUAAUAAUAAUUUUUAUUUGUACCCCGCCCUUCCCAGCCAAGGUCGGGCUCAGGGCGGCUAACAAGCAAUAAUAAAAACAAGUUGAAUGAAUGCAACUUAAAAACAAAAUUAAAAUACAACAUUAAAAUAUUGAAACAUUAAAAUAUUAGAAUGCCUCAUCGCAGGAGAAGGAAAAGAAAAAAGAAAGAGGGGGAGGGAAUCAAAUUGGCUCCAAGCCAAAGGCCAGGCAGAACAACUCUGUCUUACAGGCCCUGUGGAAAGAAAUCAGAUCCUGCAGGGCCCUGGUCUCAUGAGGCAGAGCGUUCCACCAGGCUGGGGCCAGUGUUGAAAAGGCCCUGGCUCUGGUUGAAGCCAAUCUAACUUCCUUAGGGCCCGGGACCACUAGGGUGUUGCUAUUUAUGGACCUUGAGGUCCUCCGUGGGGCAUACCGGGAGAGGCGGUCCCGUAGGUACGAGGGUCCUAGGUCGUGAAGGGCUUUAAAGGUCAAAACCAGUGCCUUAAAUCUGACUCUGCACUCCUCCGGGAGCCAGUGCAGCUGGAAAAGCACUGGGUGAAUAUGCUCCCAUGGCAGAGAUCCCGUGAGGAGCCUCGCUGCAGCAUUCUGCACCCGCUGGAAUUUCUGGGACAGCUUCAAGGGCAGCCCCGCGUAGAGCGAAUUACAGUAGUCAGUAACUGGAGAGUUACAGCACUUGCUGCGACUGUAGAGACUGAUACGGGAGAGGCAUGCUCAUGUUGCACCUGGAGCAGACAAAGUCAUCCAGUUUCGCUGUUACAGAUGCACGUGUAUACAGUGGUACCUUGGUUCUCAAACUUAAUCCGUCCCGGAGGUCCGUUUGACUCCCGAAACGUUCUAAAACCAAGAUGUGGCUUCCGAUUGGCUGCAGGAGCUUCCUGCACUGAAAGGGAAGCAGCGUCGGAUGUUCGGCUUCUGAAAAACGUUCGCAAACUGGAACACUUACUUAUGGGUUUUUGGUGUCCGGAAGCUGAUUAGUUCAUCAACUAAUCCGUUCGAGAACCAAGGUUCCACUGUAUACAUUCAACCUGCAACUUGCAUGCAUUUAACUUGUGUGCAUUUAGCUUUACACGCUGGGCAAACUAUAAAAAUAAAAAGGAGCUGUUGUCUUGGGCGGAGGAAAGACUUUGGCAGUCCCACCCACCGUUGCACCCAAUGUGUUUUGACUAUAUGAGAUUUUGGCUUUAGGACAUCACUGCCUCCUAAUUUUCAGGCUCCCUGUCGAUUUUCUGCUGGGAUGCAGCUGUUUGUUCCUGGUUCUGGCCUUCAAUGCGCAGGUAAUGCCUGUGACUUUGUACUUUGCUGCAAGGCCUGAUAGGUCAGCCCUUCCAAGCGCACCCAAAUAUGCAAGACAAACACACUGCGUUCAAUCAUGGCCUUUUGUUGAUGUGACAAGGACAAUUUAUUGGCUUGUGUUGGAAAAAGAGCUGGCAGAGUUGUAAAAGGAACAUGCAAAUGUUUGCUUGGGCCGGCUGAGAAGGAGAAUAGGACCCUUAGAAACCUGGCUCCCUUCCUUCUGUAAUUAUACAUCAUUCAAAUAGCAACUCCAGGAACCUCUGACUGGUAGGCAGGAGGUGUUGCUUGCAAUUGGAUUUGGCUGCUCUCCUUAGUAGGGAUUUAAGGAAGACAGGAGUUGGGUUUUUCUCCCUUUUUAAAAGGGAGGAUCCAGAGAUACUUAAGCUUUGAACUUAAAGAGUCUAUAAGCCUGCAGUUGCUACCAAUUUGCACUUCUUAUAGGUUCUCACUUGUUGGGAGCUGUGGGCAAGGUAGCUUGGUGGUAGAGGGUUGCCAGAAGAGAAUUUCAGGUUCCAUCCCUGGGUGUCUCCAGGUAGAACGAGUGUCCGGCGUAGAUGGGCCAAUGGUAAAAACAGCUUCCUGUGUCAAUCAGAAUUUGAAAACCCAUAUUGGAUGCACCUUGACCAUUCUGCUCCCUCCCACUCUCUGAAGGCAGAAUUGCACAUCCAAGCCAACUGGAAAAGAUCCUGUCUUUGCAUCUCUGUGUUUGUCUGUCUAGCUGCUGCUUCUUCUUUGGCGAUCCCUCGUAGCCAAGGAAGAUUGUCUUCAAUAAACACGGUUUUAAAAGUGAGUCUGUAAGUGACUGUGGAGGCCAAUUCUGGAUCCACACAUCCUUCCACAGUGGGGACAUUGGUUUCCGGAUGGGAGUUGAUCACAGUGUGGAUUUGCCAAGUGUGCCUUCCUCCUAGCAUGUUUCUCCCUUGUGUUCUGAGUUCGAGUGUCUUCAAAACCCAUGACACCUUUGGUAGAGGCUGUUCUCCAACUGGAGCGCUCGCAGGCCAGUGUUUCCCAGUUGUCGGUGUUUAUACUACAUUGUUUUAGAUUUGCCUUGAAACAGUUUUUAAACCUUUUUUGCUGACCACCAGCAUUACGCUUUCCAUUUUAAAGUUCGGAAUAGAGUAGUUGCUUUGGAAGACGAUCAUCAGGCAUCUGCACAACAUGACCAGUCCAGUGAAGUUGAUGUUGAAGAAUCAUUGCUUUGGCACUGGGGAUCUUUGCUUCUUCCAAUACACUGACAUUAGUUCGCCUGUCUUCCCAAGUGAUAUGUAAAUUUUUUUGGAGACACCUUUGAUAGAAUCUUUUAAGGAGUUGGAGAUUAAAUAACUAACCAUUUGCUGCCAUUUCAAAACACCCCAUACAAGGCCAUUUUGGUGAGGUGAGAUGGCUGCCUGAAUAGUAAUAAUAAUUUAUAAUAAUAAUUUGUCUGACUUCUGAAAUGUUUGAAAACCAACGUGCAGCUUCUGAUUGGUGCUGGUGCCCCAGAAACAAUAGCCGACAGCCACAUCAGAUGUUUGGCUUCCAAAAAAUGUUUGAAAACCGGAACACUUACUUCCAGGUGUUUGGCGUUUAGGAACCAAGGCAUUUGAGAAACAAGGUACCACUGUAUGCAUCCCCACUGAAGACCAUUAGAUCAUCAGGCUGGCUCAUGAUUUAGGUGGUUUAGAAGUGGUCGUCCUAAAUAUCCACAGCAUGCUAGUAGAGGGCUUUGCGAUAUACAUAAUUCUUAAAGGCAGAUGAGUGUCACUUGUUUGGGAUCUCCUCUUCUGUACUGCAGUAAGUCCAAUGGAAGCCAGCAGUGCUAAUUCAACUCAGCGUGUUGUUGUUGUUGUUUGCCUUGGCCCUGAACGUUUUUCAAAUAACCAGCCUCUGGUUUCGGUUCCUAUCGCCUUUCUCUACAAGCAGAAUUCUAGGAUUCGGUCGACAGUAGGCCAUAAACUGAAAACAGUUCCCUUGAUUGUGGCAGAUUCAACCCACAACUUUUGCUACAGCUGCAGCUGCCUUCAUGUCCAGCUUGGUUCAUGUGAAAAUAAGGAAGACCAUGAUGAUUUAUUAUUAUUUUUUUAAAUGAAAGGUGCCAGGAUUUGAAGUCAACACUCUUUGGCCAGAGAGCAAAUUCCUAAAUUCAAGAGGUGCACUGACAACAUUAUUGUUGCUUCCUCUGUUCCUGGUGUUCCAACACGGACCUCAAAUUGAAUCUAAGGCACUAGUCCUCAGUGUGGACCGGCUUCUGCAUUACGGUGACCGGAUCUCAAGUGAGCUGCAACAGUGACGCUACCAUGUUGCAGAUAUAUGAUGAAAAAUCGAGAAACGGGUCCCUAGAUGCAGGUCUGUAUCACAAAAGGUUGAAGAUUGCUGUUCUAAGAGCAGAUUUCAACUGAAAAGAGUCAUUUUCAGAUAUGUGUUGGGAAGGUUUCUAUGUGUGAUGUUCAGUGAUAAUUAAAUUGCUGCCGUUACGGUUAAAAUAAAGACAUAAAUCAUUUUUUAAAUGUGGUUUGCUUAGGGGUAGUGUGCUUCCUGAUACUUUCUUUUUUAUAUAUACACACAUUGUUAUUAAUUUUUUAACAUAUCCUUUCCAACAGUCAUUUAACAUACAUUUUUAUCUUAUACAAUUUUUUUAGACUUCCCUCAACUACCUCUGAAGAUUUUCCAUUCUUUAUCACUUAAUCUGCAUUUCUUAAUUUCUCUAUUACUUAUAAUUAUUACUUAUAAUUAUUUUAAUUAUCCCUAACUAAUAUUCUCUUCUUAAUAUUCCUUGCAAUAUUUUGCAUAAUCCUCCUUACAAAACUUCUUGCAGUCCUACUAGCGUAAUCUAUUUAUUACAAUUGCUUUUCAGAUAGUUCAAAUAUUUACUCCAGUCCUCUAAGAAUCGUUGGUCCCGCAAGUUUCGAAUCCUUCCUGUCAAUUUGUCUAAUUCUGCAUAGUCCAAUAAUUUCAUUUGCCAUUCUUCUUUUGUCGGUAAUUCGUGCUUCCUGAUACUUUCAGCGUAAACUAGAAUAUUUUUUUUGUGUGUUUUUUUUUAAAAGCAGUGGUUUGUGUCUUUUUUGACUGGACCCCAUUGGUAAAACUGGUUGUGGCUGAUGGGAGUUGGAGUCCCACAACAUCUGGGGGUGGGGUGAGGCAUAGGCUCCCCUUCCCCAUUUUACCGAAAUAAGUGGGACAUGCUCAUCAUGACUAAUGGGGUAGAGGGAGAGCUAGUUCUUGCUUGCUUCUAGUUGUGUAUCCCUCAAAAUUCUGCAGCCGCCGCGAUCAGCUCACCAGCCAAUGUUUCAUUUUUAAAAAUGAGCCUUCUUAAAAUAUUGGGGGACUGGGGAGCAGAAUAAGUCCAGAUAUUUCAAGUUAAGGCACCUGUGCACUGCUGUAAAUACUAUUUCAUUCUUGUACCUCAUACAAAAGGACCCGGGUGGCACUGUGGGAGUGGGACCCGGCUUGGCAUGGGAGAGUGAAGAGCAGGUCCAUGUCCAGACAUGGCAGCAACUGAGAAUGCCUGAUUUUGGAGGGGCGUGGAGGUGGAAUGGAGAAAGAGAGAGAAAAACAGAUUAUCAACGGAAGUGCAGGGGAAGGAAGUAAUUAAGAGCAGCAACUCGCAAUUAUACACAAUAAUAUGCUUAAUAGAGAUGAAUUAUACCCUAGUGCAAGGAACGUGGGUGGUGCUGUGGUCUAAACCACAGAGCCUAGGACUUGCUGAUCAGAAGGGUUUUGGCAGUUCGAAUCCCCACGAUGGGAUGAGCUCCUGUUGCUCGGUCCCUGCUCCUGCCAACAUAGCAGUUCGAAAGCAUGUCAAAGUAGAUAAAUAGGUACCGCUCUGGCGGGAAGGUAAACGGCGUUUCCGUGUGCUGCUCUGGUUCGCCAGAAGCGGCUUAGUCAUGCUGGCCACACGACCCGGAAGCUGUACGCUGGCUCCCUCGGCCAAUAAAGCGAGAUGAGCGCCGCAACCCCAGAGUCGGCCACGACUGGACCUAAUGGUCAGGGGUCCCUUUACCUUUACCUUUACCUCGUACACCUCCGUGGCUACCCAAAGUCCACUGAACUUCGGAGCUCACAUGUGAAUUAUAAGCAACCACAGAGCAGUUUUAUGAAUAUAUGCCUCCACUUUUAAUUGUGGGGAAGGGAAAGAGAGAUGUACCCCAGUGAAUUCUUGAUAAUCACAUUUAGGGAGCUGUUUGGUUGUAAGUUGCUUUGAGUUAAAGGUAAAGCUACCAGCAAAUUUUGCAAAUGAAUUAAUAAACAAACAAGCAGGGAGCGUGACAUUGUAGCUCUGAAAGAAAUGUGAAACUCGCUGCAACACACGCAGUCCCACACUCAUCCUUGACAAGCAGCUAGCCCUCAUUGUUUUUUAUACUUUACUUGUGCUCUCCAUGUUUCUCUGUGCUUUGGGGGGGGGGGUCAGGGAGUCAGCCCGAGUGUUGUUUUCAAUCGAGGAAACCUCUGAGCUUUCCUUGGCUGGAAACAGUUUAUUCUAGGCGAGGGUUCAGCUCUGCAGAUAACAACAAUGAAGUCCUGUUCAUGUUGCAAUUGCCAGCACUUUUUAAUAUGCCGCUGCCAGAGAUAUGUUUGAAAUACACAAGCCAAACGGGGUGAGAAUGAAAGGAGACCACUCUUGGCAGAUUGCAAAAAAAUCUAUAAUGUUUUGGGCUUUUAAAGCUCCUAAGAUGUGAGUCCAUAAACCUUUUCAAGGUCUUAUAUUUUCAAGGACACUUGUGAAUCUCCCUUUCAAUCCAAAUUUCUAUGGUGGUCCGAGACGAUCUCAAAUAGCUUCUAAUCCAUUUCACUGCUCCUAUUUUGUCCUGAUUUUGCUUGGGGGGGGUCCCUUCUUAAAAGCGCAUUAUUACACACAUCCAUGCAUUAGAACUGCUUUUUUUAAGCUGGUCCUUGUUGUCAAUACAGCAUCAGCAUGUGUAUCAUUUUGCUGAGAAUAGGAGGGAAGUCAGGUCUCUGCCCCAAGGAACCUACAAUCCAAAAUUGACAAAAUGGAGAUGACUGAGGAAGGGGAGGGAGGGAUAAGCACAAUGGAAUUGCUCCAAUUGUACAUUCUUGAGCAGGGGCAACACGCUCUGCCCAACAGUGAAAUUGGGCUUUCUUUCUUUCUUAAUAAUAAUAAUAAUUAAUAAUAAUACUUUAUUAUUUAUAACCCACCCAUCUGGCUGGGUUUACGCAGCCACUCUGGGCGGCUUCCAACAAAAUAUUUAAAAUACAAUAAAAUAUUUUAUUUGGAUUUGAUGUUAAUGUUUGAAUCCUGCUUGAGCUCAAAGCAGCUCAUGAAAAUCACAGUAGCAUUAAAAACAACAAAUGUAGGAAUCAUGAUAAUAUCAAAUACAGUGGCACAUAAAUAAAGGAAACAGCAACAAAAAAUAAUCAUCAUCAAGGCAUCCAAUACAAUUCAAUAAAGUCAUCAUGCUUUCUUGUUGUUAACCACUGUACCAUACUGCCCCCUGCAAGUGUUGGAGAAUCUGUUCUUUUAAAAGAAGAAGAAGAGUUUGGAUUUGAUAUCCCACUUUAUCACUACCCUAAGGAGUCUCAAAGCAGCUAACAUUCUCCUUUCCCUUCCUCCCCCACAACAAACACUCUGUGAAGUGAGUGAGGCUGAGAGACUUCAGAGAAGUGUGACCAACCGAAGGUCACCCAGCAGCUGCGAGUGGAGGAGCCGGGAAUCAAACCCGGUUCACCAGAUUAUGAGUCCACUGCUCUUAACUACUACACCACACUGGCUCAUCAGGACUUCCCUUCCAAAUGAAGACUCAAAACUAAUCUCCUAGACCCAGAAGGCUUCACUGAGUAAUGUGUCACCAACUGGCACAAAGAGUGCUGUGCUGUUUUUAUCAUGUGUAUUUUAAUAGAUUUUAAAAGUAUUUUUAAUUACUUGCGAACCAAUUCUCUUUUAUACGUUUUUAGCUUUCUGUAUUUUAUCUGUGUUGUAAGUUACUUUGAGUCUUGGUCUGGUGGAAAUGUGUGAUUAUAAAUUAUCAUCAUCAUCAUCAUUAUUCAACCAGGAUAUUUCAGCUGCAAAUGGGCAUUGUAUGUUCAGAGUGUACAUAUGUGUUCUGAGUGGCUCAGUCAGUAGAACGCAAGACUUUUAAUCUCAAGAGUCAAGGGUUCGAAUCCCACAUUGAGCAAAAGAUUCCUGCAUUACCUGAGGUUGGACUAGAUGACCCUCGCGACCCUUUGCAACUCUACAGUUCUGUGAUUCUAUGAUUGCUACUCCAGGAGAACAACAAACCAUGCCCUUGGAGGUGCUUACAAGCAUCGCUGCAAUUCUCAGCCCCAAGGCUGACUCUCAAGGUGUUGGAAGGCCAACAAGUUGGAAGGAACAGCUAACGGUGGUCAUUAAGGGGGGGAAAUUGAGCAGCUGUGGGGAAGGAAAGGUGCAAAAAGAACCCUGGAGUGAUUUUAGGGAAUCAAAUGACAGCGAACAUAUGGAGAGAAACAUUUUUUCCAUUUACCCUGCUUGUGUGCUUUUUAAAAAAUCCUCCUAAGGCAACUGAACAAGAGGAAUGCCUUUUGCUGUGGCAAUCUCUACAGCACCCCUGCCUAACUUCCGAUUUAAAAAGUCAAAUAACCGCAGCACAAGACAUCUGCUUGAACACUGUGAGUCACAGGCCUUUGAUCUGACCCUAUAUUCCUAAAAUUUCUUGCAUGCUAAUAGGUGGAACCUCAUAGCUGGAUUUUCAAUGCCUGACAUAGGAGAUAUCAUCUAUCAAGGGGUCCAUUCCAGCUCCACCAGGUGGGAUGGACCUUUCUCGUCCCUAGCAGGUUUUUAAUCCCAAGCCUGAAUUAAGAUUGCCGGAAGAAAUAUCAACAACCUCAGAUAUGCAGAUGACACAACCUUGAUGGCGGAAAGUGAGGAGGAAUUAAAGAACCUUUUAAUGAGGGUGAAAGAGGAGAGCGCAAAAUAUGGUCUGAAGCUCAACAUCAAGAAAACGAAGAUCAUGGCCACUGGGCCCAUCACCUCCUGGCAAACAGAAGGGGAAGAAAUGGAGGCAGUGAGAGAUUUUACUUUCUUGGGCUCCAUGAUCACUGCAGAUGGCGACAGCAGUCACAAAAUUAAAAGACGCCUGCUUCUUGGGAGAAAAGCAAUGACAAACCUAGACAUCAUCUUAAAAAGCAGAGACAUCACCUUGCCAACAAAGGUCUGUAUAGUUAAAGCUAUGGUUUUCCCAGUAGUGAUGUAUGGAAGUGAAAGCUGGACCAUAAAGAAGGCUGGUCGCUGAAGAAUUGAUGCUUUUGAAUUCUGGUGCUGGAGGAGACUCUUGAGAGUCCCAUGGACUGCAAGAAGAUCAAACCUCUCCAUUCUGAAGGAAAUCAGCCCUGAGUGUUCACUGAAAGGACAGAUCCUGAAGCUGAGGCUCCAAUACUUUGGCCACCUCAUGAGAAGAGAAGACUCCCUGGAAAAGACUCUGAUGCUGGGAAAGAUGGAGGGCACAAGGAGAAGGGGAUGACAGAGGACGAGAUGGUGGGGCAGUGUUCUUGAAGUUACCAGCAAGAGUUUGACCAAACUGCAGGAGGCAGUGGAAAACAGGAGUGCCUGGCGUGCUCUGGUCCAUGGGGUCACGAAGAGUUGGACACGACUAAACAACAACAUGGGUGUUUUAGUUGAGAUUCCUGCAUCAUAGGGGGUUGGACUAGAUGACCCACAGGGUCCCUUCCAACUCUACGAUUUUAUGAAUGAAUGAACCUCUGCCCAUGGAAGGAGGAGCAUGCUCACAGAAGUCAGUAAACACUACGCUCCUCCCAUGGAUAUGGCAGAAACGGAACUAUAAAAAUGGUUCGUUUUCUUCUUCCAAAUCCCAUCUCUCAGACUGUAAACCGAGAGACCCUAUCUGGGUUUCUAAAGCAGCACCGCAUCGCUUUAAACAGCCAUGGCUUCCCUCAGAGGAUCAUGGGAAAUGUAGUUUGUUAAGGGUGCCAUGAGAGAUCCACUGUUCCUAUCAGAGAGCUACAAUUCCUUUUUAUUUAUCUAUUUUUAAAAUCGUUUUUGAAUUGAAAGUUUUUCACUUGGUAUGCAAUAACAGCCAAACUAAUCUAAAAAAAGAAAAAUAGGAAAGAAAGUGUAAAAGAGAAAAAGAAAGAGAAAAAGAAAAAGAAAAAAAAGGAAAGAAAGAAAGAAAGAGAAAAAGAGAGAGAGAGAAAAGAGUAUAAUAAUAUCAAGCUCUUCACAUCUUUAUUCCACAUACAGAAGAGUGAACUUGCCCAGCUCUCACCUGGGAGCCUCGCCUCGCCUCGUCCCCUUCCCUCCGUCUCCCAAUUUGAGGGAUCCAAAGAACUACAAUUCCCAGAGCUCCCUGGGAAAAGGGGUUAAUAGUUAAACCAGUGUUCUUUCACUCAAAGUGCUCUCUUUUGCACCAGGAUCUGGUUUGUUGAGUGGCAAAGAGUUCUGCUAAAAAGCAAGUUCUACAUUCCCUGGUUUACAUUGUAUCACACACCACUUUUAACAAGUCACGGUUUCCCCAAAAAGAAUUCCGGGAACUGUAGUUUUUAAAAGGCACCAAGCAUUGUUAGGAGACAGAGCACAACAGUUCCUAGAGUUCCUUGGGAAACGGGAUUGAUCUCAUCAUUUUGCAGGAUAUCUGUGCUCCUUUUCUGUACGCAGAGUCCUUCUCUGAAACCAAGGAGCAGUAAUUACUCUCUCUCUCUCCUGCAUUUCUUGACAUUUAAAUGGCCCUUUGCCUUCAGCCAGCAGGAGAUGGAAAGGGGUUUUGCUAAUAAGGACAGUCAAUCUCCAAGUGUUGAUGACCAAACCUGACCUGGAGGUUUGCUGAGCCAGUGUGAAUGUUUGGGAUCAAGGUGCCAGUCUAAUUUAAGAGGCAGGCGCCAAGUCUUCUGAGUUUAGCUUCCCUGGAGGUGGGAAUCCUAAAUGUAAACUGCUAAUGGGUACACAGCAGGCCUUAAUUCUCAAGGAGAGGAGGAGCAGCUGGAAUCUGGGGCUGGUGGUACUUCCUGGUUGUUGUACCUGAGUAGCUAAAGGUUAGAAUCUUAGAGUUGGAAGGGUCAACUAGUUUAAUCUCAGCUAAAGCAUCCAGGUUGCUCACUGGGGAUGGGGAAAACUUUUCUGUUUUUCUUUUUAAAAUAUUAAUACUCCACCCAUCUGGCUGGGUUUCCCCAGCCACUCUGGGCGGCUUCUAAUAGAAUAUUUAAAAUACGGUAAAACAUUAAACAUUAAAAAAAAUUCCCUAUACAGUGGUACCUCUGGAUGUGAACGGGAUCCGUUCUGGAGCCCCAUUCGCAUCCUGAAGCGAAUGCAACCCGCAUCCACGGGUCAUGAUUCGCCGCUUCCGCACAUGCGCGUGACGUCAUUUUGAGCGUCUGCGCAUGCACAAGCGGCGAAACCCGGAAAUAACGUGCUCCGUUACUUCCGGGUCACUGCAGAGCACAAUCCGAAAAUGCUUAACCCGAAGCUACUUCAAUCCAAGGUACAGGGCUGCUUUCAGAUGUCUUCUAAUUGUCAGAUAGUUGUUUAUUUCCUUGACAUCUGAUGGGAGGGCGUUCCACAGGGUGGGUGCCACUGCCGAGAAGGCUCUCUGCCUGGUUCCCGGUAACCUCACUUAUCACAGGGAGGGAACCGCCAGAAGACCCUCAGCACUGGACCUCAGUGUCCGGGCUGAACAAUGGGGGUGGAGACACUCCUUCAGGUAUACACGGCCGAGGCUGUUUAGGGCUUUAAAGGUCAGCACCAACACUUUGAAUUGUGCUUGGAAACGUGCUGGGAGCCAGUGUAGGUCUUUCAGGACUGGUGUUAUACGGUCUUGACGGCCACUCCCAGUCACUAGUCUUGCUGCCGCAUUCUGGAUUAGUUGUAGUUUUCAGGUCACCUUCAAAGGUAGCCCCACGUAGAGCACAUUGCAGUAGUCCAAGCGGGAGAUAACCAGAACAUGCACCACUCUGGUGAGACAGUCCGCUGGCAGGUAGGGUCUCAGCCUGCAUACCAGAUGGAGUUGGUAGACAGCUGACAUGUUCGGGUGCAAUUCGAGCUGUAUUUUCACCUACUUCUCAGUUUCUGUGGCUGAGCUGUGGCAUUGAAAGCAGGACCCUGUCUCAAAAGCGUGGGUGGCCUCACUCAGCCAUGAAGGGUCAGUGGAUGACCUUUACCCACUCACCUACCUCGCAGGGUUGUCGUGAGGGGGAGAACCAUGAUUUGAGGGAUUGCCUGUGAUAUCAGAAGUAAUGUAUGUGCUGCUCUUGCACUCUGGUCCUGUUUGUGGGUAUCUGGUUGGCUACUCUGAGAACAGGACCCUGGAUUGGGUCAACAGGCGUGGUAAACCUUUUGACAACUGUUAACGACUAACCCUAACCCUAUACAAGAUCUCAAAGUAGCUGUAAUAUUACAAAAGAAUUUCAGAAAUAGACUGGAAAGAGAAGUUGCUGAAUUGCAACUUAUUACCAAACUUAAAACCAUGGAGAGACCUGGUCUGAAUAGAGACAUUGGAUUCUUAUUUCAUUAUACAUGGUAAAGCUGCCGGAUCGGUCCUGGGCAGAUCCCUCUGUGGGCUGGAUCGUGCGUGUGUGUGAGUGCGUGCGCUUGUGAUUUUCGGCAUCUGCGCAGAUGCGGUUUUCAGCGCCGCAAACAUGAGUCCCCAUGCUGUGCCAGUUUAGCACAGAGUACGAGUGGGCAUCUCUGUUCAGGGGCGGCUCGGGGGCCGGUGAAACAACCUCUGUGGGCUGCUUCCGGCCUAUGGGCCUUGGGUUGCUGACCCCUGCACAACAGCAUGGCAAGGGAGCGAGAAGGGAGGAACAAUGAGAGGCAGGAAGUGAUGUAUUAAAACAGUGGCAGAAGUUCGAGUACAGCAGAGAUGGAGGAACUUGCAUUCUGCAUUUGAAAAACAGCUAAGUCCUGUUAUCUGUUUAGAUUAUGCCAGCAAAGCAAAGAUGGGUCGAUUAAAUAGAAGGCGGAGGAAAAGAAAGAAUUGUGUGUGCAUCUUUCAUAGAAUUAUGCCUUAUCACUGGAAAUCCUGCAGUGCAAACUCAUUGACUCCAGGGCUGACAUGCAACUAGGUAUUAAUGCUGCUAUUAAUAGAUCUAGCCCACAUCAUGUUCAUUAAUUUCAGUGGGUCUACGCUGAGUAAAACAUAGCUGAAUGCCAACCGCUGGAAUUUACUGGGUGUUUGCAAGGGGUGAGGUGGGGCGGUGAAUGAUCUCUGCUCAGUGCUCUGAUCGCAAGAAGGUCCCAGGUUCAGUGCAGUUUAAACGCAAGGGAGUGGGGGGUAGCUUGAGAACCAAUCUUCUCAUUUUGGAAUUCCUGAACAGCUUCUGAGGAUACCCAGGGUUUGUGUUUGCAACAGCUAUAGAGUGUUGUCUAGCACUGUAGGACAUUGAGAAGCUAGUUAUCACUGGAUCAAGUUCAUCAGGUUUUUAAAACUCAGUUUUAAUAAAGGUUUUCAACAUAUAAUACAAUAAAAACUAAGUAAAUCAUAUAUAUAUAUCUGUGGCCUAAACCACAGAGCCUAGGGCUUGCCUAUCAGAAGGUCGGCAGUUCGAAUCCCUGCGAUGGGGUGAGCUCCCGUUGCUCAGUCCCUGCUCCUGCCAACCUAGCAGUUCGAAAGCACGUCAAAGUGCAAGUAGAUAAAUAGGUACGACUCCGGUGGGAAGGUAUACGGCAUUUCCAUGCGCCACUCUGGUUUGCCAAAAGUGGCUUAGUCAUGCUGGCCACAUGACCCAGAAACUGUCUGCGGACAAACGCUGACUCCCUUGGACUAUAAAGCAAGAUGAGCGCCGCAACUCCAGAGUCGUCCGCGACUGGACUAAUGGUCGGGGUACCUUUACAGAUAGAUAGAUAGAUAGAUAGAUAGAUAGAUAGAUAGAUAGAUGUGUGUGUGUGUGUGUGUGUGUGUGUGUACACACACACACACACACACACACAUAAUACAAUAAAAACCAAACAAAGCUAAGAUCUAAAGAGAAUGAAAGAAAAGGGGAGAGAGAAAAUAAAGAAGAAAAAAGAGGCACUCCCACGCAAACACAAAAGCUCAUUGUAAAAUAAUAAUAAUAUUUAUACCCCGCCCAUCUGGCUGAGUUUCCCCAGCCACUCUGGACUGCUCCCAACAGAAUAUUAAAAACACGAUAAAACAUCAAACAUCAAAAGCUUCCCUAAACAGGGCUGCCUUCAGAUGUCUUCUAAAAGUCUGGCAGUUGUUCUCUUUGACAUCUGGUGGGAGGGCAUUCCACAGGGUGGGUGCCACCACUGAGAAGGCCCUCUGCCUGGUUCCUCACUUCUCGCAGUUCGCCAGAAGGCCCUCGGUCCUGUAGCUUUAGGCCAUCUAAAAUUGUAUGAACCCAGUUUGCUAAUCUGUCAAAUGGGUAUAAUAGAAAUCUAGUUUCCUGGAGCUAUUGAGAGGGGAAGAUCUAUAUCCCCAAACAUUUGUCUACAAACAAAUUCUACAUUUCACCUCCCCAAUUCCUGGCUACAUUCAGCUCUCCUCCUUCCCAGUUUUCCCUCUCCACCCAAACUAUUCUUCUGACCUCUUCUCUGUCAUUUCUCCCAAGUCCCAGCAUUAAUUUUCUUUGAUACAGUCAUGCUUAUUUCUGACUGCAUAGGUUCACCUUGGAAAGCAGGCUGGAGCCACUUAGUUUAAGCUGCAAUGUUACCCAUUAGCUUUUAUCAGAAAUGCAAACAAUCCUGCAAAGAAUGGUUAGCCUUUAUAAACCGUUAGUGUGAAGAUGGAACCCCCUUUAAGAAAAGGAAAGAAGUACCCAGCCUCUGCUUGAUUAUUUUCCUUUCACUUCCUCUAUGGCAUCAUUUGCUGCUGCUCUUCAAAAGAGUCCUGGAUCUGUGCUCUCCAGCAUCAUCUCCCACCUACAGAAUGGUCUAUGCCAUCUUUUGGACCACUCUACUGCCUUUUAAGUCUUCUGCAUCUUCCCCCCCCCUCCUUUCCUAUUCCCUUUUGCCUGUUUUUCUUCCUUCUGCAAUAUCAGCAGCUCAGCCAAUGGCAGCCUUCUGCCUGCCCCACUUCUCUGUGACAUCAGCCAAUCAGGACCGUCUUUCUCCAUGGAAUGUUCCAUUUGGGAAGUUCCAGGGGUGAGCUGCCGUUGCUCGGUCCCUGCUCCUGCCAACCUAGCAGUUCGAAAGCACGUCAAAGUGCAAGUAGAUAAAUAGGUACUACUCCAGCGGGAAGGUAAACGGCGAUUCCAUGCGCUGCUCUGGUUCGCCAGAAGUGGCUCAGUCAUGCUAGCCACAUAACCCGGAAGCUGUACGCCGGCUCCCUCAGCCAAUAAAGCGAGAAGAGUGCCGCAACCCCAGAGUCGGCCAAGACUGGACCUAAUGGUCAGGGGUCCCUUUACCUUUACCUUUAGGAAGGUCCAUCUCUCCUCCCCCUCGCUCUCAUCCUCUGCCAUCUUUCUCCAUCCCUUCCUCCCCUCUUGCUUUCUCUCCUCUCUCUGGCACCUCUCCUCCAAACAACUCAUUCAAACUUUGGCACCUCCAUUCUGAGACUUGAUCGAUAGGGACCAGCUUACCAAGUUAAUGAUAAUCGCAGAAUAAAUGCUGGUGUUUCAAAGUUCACCCAACUUUAGCAGCAGUUCGGAUUCUCACCCCCCAACCCCCUGGCAACACACAUAACCAAAUGACCCGAGCCACGAGGAUUUCAUCGAUCGGGUGGAGGAGUUUGAACUUGCCUUGCACUCCUCUCUCUCUCUCUCUCUCUCCUGCCCUGGGUUCAAGACUGCUUUGAUUCUCUUCCUUAUCGAAAACCUUUCCCCCUAUCUUAUAAUGUCUGUUAUUUUAGAUAAAAAGCCCAAUCAAUUGAGCCCGAAAGUUUUAUUUCCUUCUGAUAACUCUGGGCCGGGCUAUUUUAACGGGGAGGUCAGUGUAUUUGCAGAGUUUGGAACAGACCCCUGCAGAUACUUGUCAGCUGUUGCAAAAAAAAUGCAUGUUGCUGUUGUUGUUAUUAAUAAUGUUAAUAUAGGUGCAGCCUUGCACCAGUUGUGAACCAGAUGCACUGCAUGAGUCAUGCAUUUACCGUAUUUUUCGCCCCAUAGGAUGCACCGGCCCAUAGGACGCACCAAGUUUUUUGGGGGGGAAAUAAAGAAAAAAAAUUAUUCCCCCCCAGGUGCUUGUGGGGCAGGCGGCGGGGAGAAGCGCUCUUCUCCCCGCCGCCCACCUGCAGACCAGGUCCGGGGACAGCGGGAAGAUGCGCUGCGCCUCCCAGCUGUCCCCGGAGCAUGCGGGGCUGGCAGCGGGGAGAAGCACGCGUCUCCCCGCCGUCAGCCUCCAAACCACAUCGGGAGACAGCGGGAUGGCGGCGUUCCGCCUCCCGGCUGUCCCCCGACCUUGUGGGGCUGGCGCUGCGGCUCUCCUGAAGCCUGGAGAGCGAGAGGGGUUGGUGCGCACCGACCCCUCUCGCUUUCCAGGCUUCAGCAAAAGCCUGCAUUCGCCCCAUAGGACGCACACACAUUUUCCCUUCAUUUUUGGAGAGGAAAAAGUGCGUCCUAUAGGGCGAAAAAUACGGUAUUCAUUUCUUCUUUUGUGGACUAACAUAAGGAGGCGAGGCUGGAUUGACCCAUCUAGUCCAGCAUCCCAUAGACCUUAGUGCAGGGCAAACUUUUUCAGCAGGUCCACUGUCCCUCAGACCUUGUGGGGGGCUUUACUAUAUUUUGAAAAAAAGAAAUGAACGAAUUCCUCUCCCCCACAAAUAACCCAGAAAUGCAUUUUAAAUAAAAGGACACAUUCUACUCAUGUAAAAACACACUGAUUCCUGGACCAUCUGCAGGGCAGAUUUAGAAGGCUAUUGGGCCUAAUCCGGCCCCCGGGCCUUAGUUUGCCUACCCAUGCCUUAGUGGGACAGUUGAACAUAUGCUUAAAUACCUCUCAUUGAAAGGUAAAGGGACCCCUGACCAUUAGGUCCAGUCGUGGCCGACUCUGGGGUUGCGACGCUCAUCUCGCUUUAUUGGCCGAGGGAGCCGGCGUACAGCUUCCAGGUCAUGUGGCCAGCAUGACUAAGCCACUUCUGGCGAACCAGAGCAGUGCACAGAAACGCCAUUUAGCUUCCCACCAGAGCGGUUCCUAUUUAUCUACUUGCACUUUGACGUGCUUUCAAACUGCUAGGUUGGUAGGAGCAGGGACCAAGCAACCAGAGCUCACCCCGUCGUGGGGAUUCGAACUGCCAAAACCUUCUGAUCGGCAAGUCCUAGGCUCUGUGGUUUAACCCACAGUGCCACCCACGUCCCUUUACCUCUCAUUUACAAAGCCCUAAACACCUUGGGACUUAGGCCCUUAGCAGGCUGAUGCUUCCGGACACAGGUUUCUCUCAUUCUUGCUUAAGACACUUUAAUCUUACACUGCCGUGCAAAUCUGGGGAUUAUAACUCAAGGGCAGUUUGGAGCUCCUGUUCACUUCCUUGCAUUUCGUGAGAAAAGCUGGCUGCUCAAAAUGCGCAACGCCUCCGUUUCUCAGCCCCACCCACUUUUCAGCAAGCCCCGCCCAGGCUCUCUGGCAAGACGACGCCCCUUAUUUUGCUCUUCCUUACAUGUUUCCUGCACAGGAAACACUCCAGCAAUGCUGCGGCCAAAGUUCAAGGGCAGCCGUGCGAGAGGAGGAGGGAUGGUUUUCUUGGAAAUGUUUUUUCCCUCCCGUCCCAGGAAGUCAACAGGAUGUGAUCUUUUUGCCUUGAUCCUUAAAAGGGCUAACUCUUAGAAUAUGUGCUGUCUUGAAAGAGUAACUCCACGUGAUUGAAAGCACCAGAUCGUCCUUUUAGCUGAUCCUUCCGCUUUGCGACGGUCUAUAGCAGGGAUCGGCAAAGUUUUUGUGGCUUGGGCCGGUUCACGGUUCUACAGACACCGCGGUGGGCUGGAGUGUGCACGCACACAUGCACAAGCGCUAUUUCCGGUGCUCCUUCCAGUGCAGCGGAAGGCGGUCCCCGCUCUGCUCUGUGCCGGUUUAGUGUGGUGCACGGGAGCUGACCGAGCGGGCGGCAGGGAUCCUUUGGCUGGUUAAAUGACCCCCAUGGGCCUCUUGUGGCCCAUGGGUCUUAGGUUGCCGACCCCUGGUCUAUAGGGUGUGAAGCAGAUGAACAGCUUUAGCUGCCCCACAAUAACACGGUGAAAUCAGCCAUUAAUGGCCCCCCAUUUUGCAGAUGAAGAAGCUGAGCCUGAGAUACUUCUCUGAAGCAGGACUGCUGCCCUGUGUCUUCUGGUAAUAAAGUAGUAUAGUAAAGGUAAAGGGACCCUUGACCAUUAGGUCCAGUCAAGGCUGACUCUGGGGUUGAGGCGCUCAUCUCGCAUUAUUGGCCGAGGGAGCCGGCGUACAGCUUCCGGGUCAUGUGGCCAGCAUGACUAAGCCACUUCUGGCGAACCAGAGCAGGGCACGGAAACGGCGUUUACCUUCCUGCCGGAGCGGUACCUAUUUAGGUACUUGCACUUUGAUGUGCUUUCGAACUGCUAGGUUGGCAGGAGCAGGGACUGAGCAACAAGAGCUCACCCCAUUGCGGGGAUUUGAACCGCCGACCUUCUGAUCGGCAAGCCCUAGGCUCUGUGGUUUAACCCAGAGCGCCACCCACGUCCCACAGCGGUAGCUGCUCCCAAUUAGUCUACUGUCAGGGAUCGAUCUUCUAUGUAGAUUCAACUCCCUAUGGACCCCUGCAUGUCUACCAUGCAACCCCUUUGUGGAUUCUGCAAAGGAUUCUGGGGGAUAUUCUAGGGCAGGGGUCGGCAAACUAAGGCCCGCAAGCCAAAUCAGGCCCAGUUGCCUUCAGGAUCCGGCCCCUGGACUGUACGUGGAUCGGCGUGGGGAUUCUGAAGGCUGGAAGACUCAGGACAUAGAAGGAGGUAUUUCUUCACGCAUAGUUGAACUGUGGAACUUCCUCCCACAGGAGGGAGGAAUGGCCAUCAACCUGGAUGGCUUUGAAAGAGGAUUAGACAAAAAUCAUGGAGGUGAGGGUUAUUGUUAUUGUUGGCUCCUGGCCAUGAUGGCAGCAUGCUGCCUUCACAGUUGGAGGCAGCAAUGCUUCUGAAUACCAGUUGCCUGGAAACCACAGGAGGAGAAAGGGCUCUUGUGUUCGAAUCCUGCUUGUGGGUUUCCCACAGGCUGGUUGGCCCUUGUGGGGAAAGGAUGCUGGACUAGAUGGACCAUUGGACUGGUCCAGUAGGCUCUUCUUAUUUUCUAGGGAUGUGCCUGCCGAUCGGAAGGUCGGCAGUUCAAAUCCCCGUGACGGAGUGAGCUCCCGUUGCUCUGUCCCAGCUCCUGCCAACCUAGCAGUUCGAAAGCACACCAGUGCAAGUAGAUAAAUAGGCACCAAUGUGGUGGGAAGUUAAACGGCAUUUCUGUGUGCUCUGGCUUCUGUCACGGUGUCCCAUUGGACCAGAAACGGUUUAGUCAUGCUGGCCACAUGACUCGGAAUGCUGUCUGUGGACAAACGCCGACUCCCUCGGCCUGAAAGCGAGAUGAGCGCCACACCCCAUAGUUGCCUUUGACUGGACUUAACCACCCAGGGGUCCUUUACCUUUCUUGUGUUCUUAAAAAUAAAAUAAAUUGGUCUGAUGCCAAAUGCACAGAGUUUUAUUAUGUUUUCCAUAAUUGGGUGACGGCUGAAUUUUCGCUCAGUUGUAAGCUUCUGGGAAGUGUUGAUCUAAUCUUAGCGGUGAAAAACAUUAUUUAUUUUAUUUCUACAUUCAUCAGAACUCUUUUUAAGACGUGCCCCGAAUCGAAGGGCUAUGGGGUCUGUGCAGACUGUGUCUGCAGAUUGUGGAAGCAAAAUUUGGAAUCCUCUCCAAACCCAUGCUAAAGUUUUGCAGAGGUUUUUCUUGGCGGUGGCAGUGUUUUAACUGCAAAACUUUGGCACGGAUUUGGAGAGGAUCCCAAAUUUGGGGGUUCAUGGGGGGUAUAGUGGACUUGUGGGAAGAUCUUCAAGUUGUCUUCCUGCUCUUACAUUCUGUAGGAGCCCCCGAAAUGCACAAUUGGUGGCCAGGGUGUCUUGUGACAGACAGGCCUAAAUAUGUGAACUAUUUCUGAUAAGGCCAUCAAAGGCAGGUCGGACACAAAAGUAAUCCUGUUUGUUUUAACGUACAAAGGCUCCAGAUUCUUCAAGACUGGGCUGGUAUCAAAGGAAAGCUCUGGUCUGAUGUCCUACAUGUUCACUCACUGCUAGUCCUGGGACAGAAUGAGGAAGUCUCCUUCUUGCUGGGGUUGUCUCCUAGCUGAGUGCUCUUAGUUAAAUUUUAACCGCUCAAACCUCCAGACUGCCCAUCCCAGCCCCACCCUGUAGCUCUGCAGACAUCUGGCGUAGGAGCUUUGCAGAAAUCCUAUAGGCAAUUGAUUUGGAUCAAGGGCUCCUGAUUCAAAAUGCUGCCAUGCAACUUUUUCAGACUUUGGUCUCCUGCUUCAACCUCCCGGUCAACCCGGCCCAUUAAGUCCUAUGAUUAUGUGAGCGAUUGUCAGCUUUCAUGUAUUUUCUUUUCCAGGCUGUGCGAACAAAGCUCUAAAUAAGGCCGGCUUAAGUGAAACCUAUUGACUUUGAGACUUAAAAGCAUUCUUUCAAACAAAAAAGCCGGGUGGGUGGAAAUCUCAUGAUUCUAAAGCUAGGCUCGGGAUUUUUUCAACGCCCAGGUUGCAGUGUGCGCAGAACAUCGCCUUUGCGGGCAGUACUGCCCUCUGAAGGAUGAAGCGCUGAAUUGUGAGCCUUCGAUGAUGGGAAUUAAGUCAGAGAACAGGUGGGAUUCAGCCUUACAUGGGUGGAAGAUUACAGGGCUGAGGUCGCCAUGGCAAAACUCUUGAUUCUGGACCCGAAGAAUGACUGCAAGUCAUUGGCACUGAUUUCUUGUGAUUUCAGAGCUUUACUGCUUGCAUCAUUUGUUUGCAUUUCAUUUCAUAAAUUUGGUUAUACCGCUGGAUUGUAGACAAACAAACCUCAAAGUGGUUACUUCUUUUUCUCCACCAUGGAUAGCUUAGUUGGUUAGAGCAUGGAGCAUGUAAACGCCAAGGUUUGAAAUUCGAUCCCUGUAUGGGACAGCUACAAAUUCCUACGUCACAGGGGGGUUGGACUAGAUGACCCUCGGGGUCCCUCCCAACUCUUCAAUUCUUUGACUCUAUUCUAUGAUUUAUUCCAGUAUUUUGAACAGGAGGCUGGAUGAGAUGUGCCAUUGGCCGCACCCAACAGCCACCUUCUUAUGUCCUUACGUAGACGUGUUUUUUAAUCUGUUUUUUAGCUUAUCCUUGAUUUUAAUUAUUGUGAUCUUUCAGGGUCUAGAAUUCUUUAGUUCAUUGUUUUAUUCUUCUUGUAAUCGCUUUUGAGGUUUAGUGGGGGGGUGGGCGCAUUCUCCUAACAAUCAAAUAUACAGUGCUACCUCAGGUUAAGUACUUAAUUUGUUCCGGAGGUCUGUUCUUAACCUGAAACUGUUCUUAACCUGAAGCACCACUUUAGCUAAUGGGGCCUCCUGCUGCCGCUGCGCCGCCGGAGCACGAUUUCUGUUCUUAUCCUGAAGCAAAGUUCUUAACCUGAAGCACUAUUUCUGGGUUAGCAGAGUCUGUAACCUGAAGCGUAUGUAACCUGAAGCAUAUGUAACCUGAGGUACCACUGUACAGUGGAAGCUCUGGUUGGCAACGUGAUCUGUGUGGGAGGCACGUUCACAACCUGCAGCGUUCGCUACCUGCAGCACCGCAUCUGCGCAAGCGUGGGUCGCGAUUCAGCGCUUCUACUCAUGUGCAAAGCGCGAUUUAGUGCCGUUCCGGUACUUCUGGGUUCAGUGCGGUGUGCAACCUGAAAACGCUCAACCUGAAGCACCUUACCCGAGGUAUGACUGUAUAUGAUCUAUUUGAAACAAAUAAUCAAUAAAUGGUAGCCCGGAACAUCUGGAGAGCACUGAGUCGGUCUAGGCUGGCUUUACUAAUACCUGCAAUACAGUGCCUUAAGCCAUCAUUUUUAAAAAAACAAAACAGAACCAUAUGAGCUUUAUUUUAUUUUUUAAUGUCAAAACCAGCUCACAGCCUGGAUAGUUUGAAAAGGAAACCUGUAGGCAGUCUCCUUCUUCUCCAUUUCUCCAGCAGACCAAAUCAAUCAAGCGUGGGGGGUAUUUUUUCUGGACAUGUUUCCAAACACAAAAGUGUUGAAGGAAGAAAAGGAGGGCACAGGGUUUUCCAGGGCAGGUGUUUGCACUUAAUUCUGCAGAAUUUGAAAGGUGGAUUUUUAUUAUUAUCAUUCCCAGCUAUAUGGAAGGAGGCUGAGCAUCUGAGCCCAUCCUGAGAGUAGGGCUCCGUUUUCAGGUUUAACUGAGGGCCACCAGGACCAAUAUUAAGUUGCCAGUGGUGACCAGCCAGUCCCCCCCCCCAAAAAAAACCCCUCACAGGCAGAGUAGAUAAUGGGGAUGGGGCACUUCAGCUGGAUCUGGCCCUCCAUACCUUUUUCUCAGGCCCUCAGGACUCUCCCCCAAGCCCCACCCAUCACAUCCUCCUUGGGUGCUUUUGUCCCUGUUGAAAUUCCAUUUUGUUAGCUUGCCCUCACAGGCACUGUGGUCUAAACCGCUGAGCCUCUUGGGCUUCCCAAUCAGAAAGUCAGCGGUUCGAAUCCCUGCGACGGGCUGAGCUCCUGUUGCUCAGUCCCAGCUCCUGCCAACCUAGCAGUUCGAAAGCACGCCAGUGCAAGUAGAUAAAUAGGUACCACUGUGGUGGGAAGGUAAAUGGCGUUUCCGUGCACUCUGGUUUCCGUCACGGUGUCCCGUUGCGCCAGAAGGGGUUUAGUCCUGCUGGCACAUGACCUGGAAAGCUGUCAGUGGGCAAACGCCGGCUCCCUCGGCCUGAAAGCGAUAUGAGCGUCACAAUCUCAUAGUCGUCUUUGACUGGACUUAACCAUCCAGGCGUCCUUUACCCUUCACCUUUACCUUUUACCUUCUCCAAUUUGUUAAGGUCAUUUUGAAUUCUGAUUUUGCCUUCUGCGGCAUUAGCUACCCUUUCUCGUUGGGUGUCAUCUGCAAAGCAUCCCCUCAACUCCUUCAUCCAAGUUAUUUAUAAAGAUGUUGAACAACAACAAGCCCAGGACAGAGCCCUGCGGAACCCCGCUUUUCUUUUUCUUUUAUUCAUUUUCACUUUUACCAUUUGAUAUCAUACAUAAAUCAAAAUCAUUAUACAAAUGGGAUUCUCAGAAUCCCUGAACUUCCUUCCACCCCUCCACAGUUUCCCCAGAUAUUCUUUUCAAAUUGCAUUGUAUCAUAUUCUCCACAUUUUCUUCAAACUCAAUUUUAAUCGUAAUUCUUGCUUCACUGCAUGUUUUCAAUUGUCUACAGUGUUCUUUCAAGUCACUUAAAAAAAUUCCCCAUUCUUUAUUAAAUUUAUUGCCCUCUUGGUUGCUGAUUUUCCCGGUCAUCUUCGCCAAUUCGGCAUAGUCUAUCAUCUUUAUCAGCCAUUCUUAUUUUGUAGGUAGAGCACCCCACUUUUGACUUUUUCCCAGGAAUGUCAAGCAAGGAGAAACCAUUAUCUACUCUGCCUGCGAGCUAUUGGGGGCUGCUCUGGAGGGAAGGACCUAAAACCAGUGGAUUCAAACCACAAGGAAGGAGAUUCCGACUAAACAUCAGAAAGUACUUUCUGACAAUAAGAGUCCGUUGACAGUGGAAUGGGCUCCUCCUUCAGAAGGUGGCGGAUUCCCCUUCAUUGUAGGUUUUUAAACAGAAGUUGGGUGUCAUGGAUUAUUUAGAUUAUUCCUAUAUUAUUUGCAGGGACGCAGGUGUCGCUGUGGGUUAAACCACAGAGCCUAGGACUUGCCGAUCAGAAGGUCGGCGUUUCAAAUCCCCACGACGGGGUGAGCUCCUGUUGCUCGGUCCCUGCUCCUGCCAACCUAGCAGUUUGAAUGCAUGUCAAAGUGCAAGUAGAUAAAUAGGCGGGAAGGUAAACUGCGUUUCCGUGCGCUGCUCUGGUUCGCCAGAAGCGGCUUAGUCAUGCUGGCCACAUGACCCGGAAGCCGUACGCCAGCUCCCUCGGCCAGUAAAGUGAGAUGAAUGCCGCAACCCCAGAGUCGGUCACAACUGGACCUAAUGGUCAGGGGUCCUUUUACCUUUACCUUUAUAUUAUUUGCAGUAUUCCUGUAUUGCAUGGGUUGGACUCGAUGGUCCUUUCCAACUCUGCAAUUCUACAGUGCUUUAAAUGGAUGGUUUGAACGGAUGCUGCAGUAGAAGGCCUCGAUUCAGCUCUCAUCCUCUUCUUCCUUAUGUACAGGGCCGGAUUUAGGUUUGAUGAGGCCCUCAGCUACUGAAGGUAAUGGGGCCUUUAGAUCUCCAGCUGUCCUUUGUCAACAACAAAUUGUCGCUGUUUUGUGUGUUGAAUAUAUGCUAUAUGGUAAUUUAUGGACCUAAGAAGCAUCUAAAGCCAUUUGCACAUAAUAGGAGCCUACACAACACAAAACACUGUUGCUGUAUGUAGGUUUUAUUUUAUUUGUUUUUUAUCUUAUAUUUUGGAAAUGUACAUCCAGGGUGUUUUUUUCCUUUAAUUUUUUUGGGGGGGCUCCCAAGAGAGUGGGGCCCUAAGCUAUAGCUUGUUUAGCUUAUACGUAAAUCCGGCACUGCUACUGUGGCCCUACUUGAUACGCUAGUCCUUUUCAUUUAAACCAACACUUUGCAAUGCACAUUCAGCAUAAUUUAAGCACCGAGUUCGUUAAUUGCACGCCAGGCUUGAUAGCUAAGGAACUGGGGUUGAGGAGGUUACCCAAAACAGCCAGAAAAUAGGUGUGCACAGAUUGGAUGCUCUGCAGCCGGGGAUUUUCCAUGUUUCAGGAAGACCUUGACAUUCCUCUCCCUUUCCCCCACCCCUUGCUUGACAUUCAUCUUUGCAGGAUUUUGCACCAUUGCACCAAAGUCACCCCCUUAUCGUAGCAAUUUGUCGAAGGAAGAGCAGCUUUUUGGUGUUUUGAGGACUCUGUGGAAGUGCUCCUCUCGAGAUCUGUUUAGACGGAGCCUCUUAAGGAGAGCACAAAUCCCUCCUCCGCCGAGGCGAUUUGCCCAUCUGGGUGUGUUGAUAUUAAAUUUCCCUCUGUCUGUAAACAGAGCGCCAGGGGGAGGACGAAGGAAGGCCCGUUGGCAUUGGGGAGGAGGAUGGAGAUGAAAGCAGCUGGGAUGAUGAAAGGGAGUCCAGAUAACUGAUGGGGGAACAGGCAGAUUCCACCCAUCAGUGCCUGAACUGGUUACCUGGGAGGCAGCUCACCAACCCCCCCUUGUGGCUGGACUGUGGAUUCCAUUUUUUGUGCAAAAUUUACCAUAUUUUUUGCUCUAUAAGACUCACUUUUUCCCUCCUAAAAAGUAAGGGGAAAUGUGUGUGCGUCUUAUGGAGCAAAUGCAGGCUGCGCAGCUAUCCCAGAAGCCAGAACAGCAAGAGGGAUUGCUGCUUUCAUUGCACAGCGAUCCCUCUUGCUGUUCUGGCUUCUGAGAUUCAGAAUAUUUUUUUUCUUGUUUUCCUCCUCCUAAAACUAGGUGCAUCUUGUGGUCUGGUGCGUCUUAUAGAGCGAAAAAUAUGGUGCUUUCUCUCUCUCUUUGGUUCUUGGGUGGCUAAGAAGAAAUUGGAAAAUAAUAGCAAUUAGGGCCUCAAAUAAAAAUGGUUGCCGCACAGAGUGCUGCUAUUUUUUUUUCUUUUUCUCGUUUUCUCCAUUUUAUUAUUUAUUCAGUCUGUAUUAUUUAACAAAUGUCGUAACAUUUGUACCCUGCUGGAUCGUAAAAACAACAACAACCAAACGAAAAAAACCUCAAAGCAGUUUAUAUAAAAAAAGAUAAAACGAUAAAAAUCAUCCGUAAGAAAAAUUAACGACAAUAAUUUUGACAACUUUUUAAAAGCUUGUUUAAAAAACAAAAAAGGCUAAAACCAAAUUAUAUUGUUUUAUAUCUGCCGUAAGCUGCUCAGAGUGGCAAGAGACACCCAGUGAUAAUAUGGGCAGGGUAUAAAUAUUAUUAUUGUUGUUGUUGUUAAACCUGCAUCAACUUUCUACACACCCACACAUAUAUAUUAGUUUUUAACAUAUCAUUUCCCACAAUCUUUUAACACAAUUUCAUAUCUUAUACAAAUUUUUUUUUACUUCCAUCAAUCACAUCUGAAAAUUUUCCAAUCUUUUUCACUUAAUUUACAUUUCUUAAUUUCACUAUUACUUUUAAUUAUCUUGCCCAAUAACUCUCUUCAUAACCUUCCUUGCAAUAUCUGAUAUAUUCCUCCUUACAAAACGUCUUGUAAUCCUACUAGCGUAAUCUGUUGAUUACAAUUGCUUUUCAAAUAAUUCACAUAUUUAUUCCAAAGAUUUUGGGUAUGAUAUACAGUUAGAAGAUUGCAUCAACUUUCUAAACAUCUGGGUAGGCUUGUCUAAGCAAUAUUUUUUUAGCAGGUGCCUCCACUGUGCUCUUUCCGGUGUCUGCUUUGAACAGCCCUUCUGGCUACUAGCCAUCAAUGGAUCAGUCAAGUCCUCUUUUAAAGCCAUCCAUGUUUGUGACCAUCACUGCCUCCUGUGGAAGAGAGUUCCACAGUUUCUUCUUUGGCAAUCACUCGUAGCUAAGAUUGUCUUCCACAGUCUUAACAGUGAGUCCGUAAGUGACUGUGGUGGCCAAUUCUGGAUCCACACAUUCCUUCCACAAUGGGGACAUCGGUUUCCGGGUGGGAGUUGAUCACGGUGAAGGUUUGCCAAGCGUGCCUUCCUCUUAGCAUGUUUCUCCCUUUCGUCCUGAGUUCGAGUGUCUUCAGCGUCUGUGAAACCUUUGGUAAAGGCUGUUCUCCAGUUAGAGCACUUGCAGGCCAGUGUUUCCCAGUUGUCAGUGUUUAUGCUACAUUUUUAAAGAUUUGCCAUGAGAGAGUCUUUAAACCUCUUUUGCUGACCACCAGCAUUAUGCUUUCCAGUUUUCAGUUCAGAAUACAGUGGUACCUCGGGUUACAUACGCUUCAGGUUACAGACUCCACUAACCCAGAAAUAGUACCUCGGGUUAAGAACUUUGCUUCAGGAUGAGAACAGAAAUCGUGCUCUGGUGGCGCGGCAGCAGCAGGAGGCCCCAUUAGCUAAAGUGGUGCUUCAGGAUAAGAACAGUUUCAGGUUAAGAACUGACCUCCGGAAUGAAUUAAGUUCUUAACCCGGGGUACCACUGUAGAGUUGUUGCUUUGGAAGACAAUAAUCAGGCAUCCGAACAAGAUGACCAGUCUAAUGAGGUUGAUGUCGAAGAGUCAUUGCUUCAGCACUGGUGAUCUUUGCUUCUUCCAGUCCACAGGCAUUAGUUUGCCUGUCUUCCCAAGUGAUGUGUGUAAAAAUUUUCAGAGACAAAAUUUAACUCUCUCCUGUUUGGCGGGAGAGCAAAUAUUCCCUGUGACAGAAAGAGGUUGUUUUUUAAAAAGCUCCAAGAGCAACAUAAAUCUUUUCUGAAUGGAAUGUGCUUGCCUGCUGCAGCUAUUGUUCUGUUGCUGGGCAGGAGCUCUCCAGACCCUUUGCUGCCUUGAAUAAGCAUUUCCUUUCCAAGUUGUUGGGACACCCACGGGAAAGAAUCGGUGUCAAGAGGCCUCAUAAUGACAGGAUUUAGAGCUGGUGCCAGAAGCCGAAAGCCAUAAAUUGAGACGCCUUUGCCUGCUGCUCUUGGCACAGAGAGCCAGGCUUCUGAGUCCAAUGGCCUCUGCAGCUCCUCCUCUUUUAAAAUUACAAGAAGCAGGUGAGGGGUUUGGCACCGUGGCUGGAUCUGCGCUGAUAUGAAAAUAUAGAAAAAAUGCUAUAAAAAUGCAGUUUAUCGUUGGCGAUGGACUGCUGCUCUUUGGCGCCCUCUGGCACCACAUUUUUAUAAUGCAUUUUUUAACGUUCUAAUUGACCCAUGUACCUGAGUCCUUUGUCAUGGAAAGAAUCCUCACCUGCUGCCAUAGGAGUCAAUGUUGUUGGGAUACUGCCAGGGAGAUAAAGUCCAUCAAGGCCCCCAAGCCGUCUGCCGGACGAUCCAUUGACCUCCCGUAGUCACGCAGUAUCAACAAUUAGCGACAUGAGUUUCUAGAAGAUUUCUUGCCACAUUCCAGAGCUCAUGCACACUCUAUCAGCAGAUAGUCACAGCAAAAGUUGCACCCAGGAGAGCAUUAUUUACAAGUUUAUUCAGCGUUGAUCAGAACACAGAAAAACAUGACCGACUGCUUUAGUGUCUGCGACACCAGAGAGAAAACGAAAGCAACAGAAAACAUAAACAUCCUGUGAACAGGAAAUACGCAGACUCUGACUCACAAAGCCUGCUCCCUUUUAAGGUGGAACGGAAAUAUCCUAACAUCCUCCCCCUUUCCGUGUAACCUGUAGUACCUGUGGUUCAACCCAAUUGCAACCUUUGUACGUAAACCUUAAGUUGUUCUCUGUUAACAACCUUAGACAACAGAUCAGCAGGAAUUUCAUUUCCUGGCAUGUAGGACACCUGAAUGAGUCCUUUCUGAAUACACUCUCUUGCACGAUGUAGCUUAAUCUGCAAGUACUUGGUCCUUUGCUUGCAACUCUCCGAGUUCAGCAAAGCCAAACACGAUCUAUUGUCUUGAUACACUUGUACAGGACAUUUCACAGAAACUCUGAUGUCCUUAAACAGUUGCAUCAACCAUUCACAAUCCAUGAGUGAAAAUGACAGAGCAUUGAGUUCUGCUUCACAGGAACUUAGGCUCACUGUCGUCUGCUUUUGCACAACCAGUCAAACAGGCAGUGGUUGUACAUGUAGCAUACUCCAGAAGUGCUUGUACCAUCCGUGGUGUCACUUCCAAAACUUGCAUCUGCAAAGAUUUCAAGACCUCCAGUCUUCUGACUGGUGAACCUCAGCCUGUAGUGCAAAGUCCCUUUCAAAUAGCGGGCUAUGCGCUUCAGAGCUUUCCAAUCCUGAACAGUAGGAUUGUUGGCAUGUCUGCUAAGCAGGUUAGUGCUUACAGCUAUGUCAGGUCUUGAGCAUCUAGCAAUGAAAUUCAACUUGCCUAGAAUGCAUCUGUACAGCGUAGUGUCAGAAAACGCUUCAGCAGUACUGUCUACCUGGUAACCUGUCACCAGCGGUGUGUCUGCUGGGUUUGCAUCAACCAAAUUCAACCUGGUUAAUACAUCAGCAAUUUUCUGUGUUUGGUGUACCAGAAAAUUACCUGCUUGGUCCUUCUCCACCUGCAGAGAAAGAUAGUUGGAUACCUCACCAAGAUCCUUCAUGUCAAAGUGCUCCUUCAGCUGAGCUAGGGUGCUUUGGUAGAAAGCCUGAUUCUUCCAAAACAUCAGAAGAUCAUCAACAAAACAUAAACAAUACAGUUUGUUUUGCCCUCCUCCUUGACAAACACACAUGGAUCAGCUUUGCCCUGGUGAAAACCUAGAGAAAGCAAUGUCUCAGUGAGUUUUGUGUUCCAACACCUGGCACUCUGCUUGAGACCAUAUAAGGAUUUCCGCAGUUUACAGACCAUUCCCUUCUGUAUCUGCAUCCCGUCAGGUGGAAGCAUAAACAGCUCCUCGUCCAAAAUCCCGUACAAAAAGCUGUAUUAAUGUCAUGAUGGGAAACAUGCAGUUUCUCCUCUGCAGCAAUCUUGAGCAUCAGCCGAAUGCUCUCAUAUUUGACGGUGGGUGAGUAGGUCUCGUGGUAAUCCUGUCCUGGUACCUGUGAAAAACCUCUGGCAACCAAUCUGGCUUUGUGUCUGACAACCUUGCCAUUCUGGUCUGUCUUGGCCUUGAAGACCCAUUUGCUGCCAACCAGUCUCAUUCCUGGGACUACCGGUACCAAUUCCCAAGUUUGGUUCCUGUUCAAGGAAUCAACUUCAGCCUUCAUGGCAUUAAGCCAAGGCUCAGCAUCUUUAGAGGUUAACUCCUGAACCUCUUUGAAGCUUGAAGGUUCCCACACCUUCUCUGAGCUACUAAGAACAGCAGUUGCUGUCUUAGCAAACUCAUCAGCAAAUCUCUUUGGAGGUCUGCCCUUCGUGGCUCUCUCAGAUCUGCGUACUAGACGCAAGUCUUCUGGACUCAUCUCCUCCUUCUUAGGAGAAAAGUGACCAAUGGUGAACAGUGGUUCUUCCAGUUCAUUGUCAGACGCAUCAGAUGGUCUGACUGAGGCCUUGCGCUCUUGUAGUCUGCUGUGUCAUCACUGUCACCGACAUCAGCAGCAGCGCCGCCCACUGAACUGGAAUCCGAACUCUGAUCAUCAUCAUCAUCAUCAUCAUCCUCAGCAGCUUCCUCAGCUUUAGCUGCUUCUUUGACAUCACCUUCAUCCUCCUCUGGGUAACUCUGGAAAAUUCCCACAUUUUCCCCCCACUUAGGAUUGUACUCAACACUCCUUGUGAACUUAAUGGACUUAGAGUUAGUCAUCCAUACCCGGUAUGCACCUUUUUCGUACCCCAUGAACAAACCAUGUGCCCCACGCUUCCCAAGCUUGUUGCUCUGUGGGGUGUGUACCCACAUGUCAGAACCAAAGAUUCUCAUGUGCUUGAUGUUGGGUUUCUUACCAAACAUCUUCUCAUAGGGAGUACAACCAAUAGGUGAUGACAACCUGCGAUUAAAAGUGUAAACAAACGAGUUCAAAGACUCCCCCCAAAACUUCUCAGGGAGAUUGGCAUCAUGCAACAAUGUUUUCAGUCCUUGCAGCAACGUUUGCUUUGCUUGCUCACAAAUCUCCCAUGGAGAUCCAGGACUUGAGAGGCUAUGCUGGAUUCCCUUCUCAGUCAGGAAAGCUUCAAACUGCUGAGAAGUGAACUCCCGCCUCGAUCAGUAAACAGACAGCCAAUGCGUUUACCAUGAACAUUGUCCAACCAAGCACAGAAUGCCUUGAACUUAGGAAACGCUUGCGAUUUCUGCUCGAGCAUAAACACAUGAAUGUACCUGGAAAAAGAAUCAAUUAGAACCAUGAAGUACCUUGCUCCACCCAAAGAGGGCGCAAGUGGACCAACCAGGUCUGCGUGCACUAGCUGGUAGGGUUUGGAAGCCUGCCUGCUAGACUCCUUGCCUUUUGGAGCAACCUUCACCUUGUUCUCUGCACAAGAUACACAUUUCAUGUGAAACUUACAGGGUUUGAUGUUCAAACCCUCAACCAUCUCUGGCAUCUUGGCCAGUGCCUUCCAAGAGAGAUGGCAAAACCUUCGAUGUGCAUCGUGAAUGCAUCCUGCAUGAAGAACUUUGUUAGUUUGUGCAACACAACAAGAAUCAGCAUUAGACACAAUAGCACCAUUGUCAUCAUAAGUUAUACAGAACAAGCCAUCCAUAAACUUUGCAUGCAAAAUGUCCUCUUUGCCUUUUCUGAUGACACAGACGCUCCUCUUGAAGGAAAUCUCAAAACCACGCCCAGUCAGCUGUGGGACACUGAGCAAAUUGUCUGCAGCGCCUGGAACAUACAGUACAUCUUUGAUGGUAGUGUGCAGACUUGCCAGUUUCACAGUCCCUUCUCCUGCGAUUCGCAACGUCUUUCCGUCAGCCAGGUGGAUCUCACCUUCUUGAGGUUUGAAGGAGAUAAAUAGGUGGCGGUCCUUUGAGACAUGGCGGGUACAGCCUGAAUCAACAACAAACCUGGCCUUGGCCUUUGGAGCAGCCUUUGCAGCAAGCAAAACCUUGUUUUCCACCGGCGUGGGCUUUUGCAGCUUGCCCCCCUGCUCCUGGCCAUCAGACUUGCCUUUAGCCUUUGGUGAAGCUGUGCCAGUAAACAAAACCUUGUUUUCCACUGGCGUGGGCUUUGCAGCUUGCCCCCUGCUCCUGGCCAUCAGACUUGCCUUUAGCCUUUGGUGAAGCUGUGCCAGCAAACAACGCCUUGUUUCCUCUGGCGUGGGCUCUUCACCCUCCCUCUGCUUCUGGCCAUCUGCAGGCGUCUGCCUCUGUUUACCUUUGCCCUUCCGGCCUCUGCAAAGGCGAUGACCUUGGCUCCCACGAGAAACAGAGCUCUCAGCUGCCGACUCCUUGGCUCCCCUGGAGGCUGGAAUGCUGCCUGGGAUGACGUGACAGUCAGCUCCCCUGCAGCUUGCAACCGGUGCCCUCAGCAUCCCUGCAUUCACUCGCAUUCUGGGAAACAGCCAGGACCUCCGAUGCAGUCAAACUCUGGGCUGGGAUGACUGGCAGAUGGGCUAUCUUCAAAGCAUGCCACAUCUUUCGUGCAGUCAGAUUGCCAGCUAGCGUUUUUAUUUCCUCCAGAGAGACGGACAAGACGAUUAUGUCUAUCGCCCUCAAAUUUUCGGACUCCCAUCUUUCUGUCAGAGGAACUGGAGGGGCUUCAGACACAGUAUGCCACACUCCAAACUGACGCAGCAAGCUCUCACACCACACAGCCCAGGUCCCAUAAUUGUGCCGAUUUAACUUUGGGCACGCAGCAGCCUCAGAAGCUUGGAAAAACUCCAUUCCAGGUUUCUGCUUGAGCCGUGAGUCUUAUUCACUUCAGAGACUCCUUAUCUUAGCAGCUCAUUAAUCACGAAGCCUUUGGCGCGUCUCCCAGAUCCAUUAAUCUGCCGGAGUUCAAAGGCCCUUGCCUCGGCAAACAGAAAAGCCUCACUUUCGCUUUUCUUCCACAUACCUUUCAGCAGUCUGUCGCAGUCUUACUCUCCUGUAAGUGCUGUGAAUCUGGGCCCAUAACCUGUUGUUGGGAUACUGCCAGGGAGAUAAAGUCCAUCAAGGCCCCCAAGCCGUCUGCCGGACGAUCCAUUGACCUCCCGUAGUCACGCAGUAUCAACAAUUAGCGACAUGAGUUUCUAGAAGAUUUCUUGCCACAUUCCAGAGCUCAUGCACACUCUAUCAGCAGAUAGUCACAGCAAAAGUUGCACCCAGGAGAGCAUUAUUUACAAGUUUAUUCAGCGUUGAUCAGAACACAGAAAAACAUGACCGACUGCUUUAGUGUCUGCGACACCAGAGAGAAAACGAAAGCAACAGAAAACAUAAACAUCCUGUGAACAGGAAAUACGCAGACUCUGACUCACAAAGCCUGCUCCCUUUUAAGGUGGAACGGAAAUAUCCUAACAUCCAACUCCUAGGGACCGAGGUCCCUGCAGGGGCCAGGGGCCCCCAAAUUUGAACGCCAUUGCCAUUCAAAUAGUGCGCGUGCACCAUGUCAUGUGAUGGGUUCUGUGGGGCAGAGCUUACCUGGACCCGCCAAAGUUUUACCCAAGUUUUACCCAGCCAGGCUUUGCAAAAGGGAGAAGAAGCUGGCCAAGGCAUCAAAAGAGCCUCCCCAAAGAUUAGACAAUCUACUAAUUGCAAUGGCAACAGUGGGUGUUUGUGCAAAAUAGCCACGAGUUUGUGCAAAAUAGCCAGAAUGAAUUGUAUGAUGGGAGCGAACGUGGCGUAGUAGUUAAGACCUGGGAGAUACAGGUUCAAAUCCUCACUCAGCCAUGGAAGCUCACUGGGUGAUCUUAGGCCACUUGCUGUUGCUCAGCCUCACCUCACUGGGUUGUUAUGAGGAUAAAAUGGGGGGUGGAAAACCAUACAGAUGUCAAAGAGAAGAACAACUACCAGACUUUUAGAAGACAUCUGAAGGCAGUCCUGUUUAGGGAAGCUUUUAAUGUUUGAUGCAUUGCUGUAUUUUAAUAUUUUGUUGGAAGCCGCCCAGAGUAGCUGGGGAAGCCCAGCCAAAUGGGCGGGGUAUAAAUUUAUUAUUAUUAUUAUUAUUAUUAUUAUUACUACUACUACUACUACUACUACAUAGUAUGCUACCUUGGCGGGACGCAGGUGGUGCUGUGGGUUAAACCACAGAGCCUAGGACUUGCCGAUCAGAAGGUCGGCAGUUCGAAUCUCCGCGACGGGAUGAGCUCCCGUUGCUCGGUCCCUGUUCCUGCCAACCUAGCUGUUCGAAAGCACGUCAAAGUGCAAGUAGAUAAAUAGGUACUGCUCUGGCGGGAAGGUAAAUGGCGUUUCCGUGUGCUGCUCUGGUUCGCCAGAAGCGGCUUAGUCAUGCUGGCCACAUGACCCGGAAGCUGUACCUCAGCCAAUAAAGCAAGAUGAGCGCCGCAACCCCAGAGUCGGCCACGACUGGACCUAAUGGUCAGGGGUCCCCUUUAUGUUUACUAUGUUCUACCUGAACAAUUGGAAGCAGCAAUGCCAUAUUUCAUAAAGUGGAAAACAGGACAUAUAAGUUGUUCUCCAAAAAGAAAUUGAGUUUUUGAGCUAUUUGGGCCGGGGGGGGGGGGGGGAUAAAAAGGAACACUUCCGACAUGGGUUGCCAUACACCCAGGUUUUCCUGGAUGUUUUACCAAUUUAUGCGAUUGAUCCCCGGACGCUAUUUUUGACAGGCAAAUCCCAGCUAUGUCUGGACAUAUACACCAAAGAAAACCCCGUGUUGCAAAACAGAACACUCUGAACAGCAGACAGUACAUGGCCAUGGAUCAGCUAUCACUAAAAAGUGCUUUUUAGUGAUAGCUGAUCCAUGGCCAUUUGAUGUGCCUUUGGUGACUAUUAAUUUGCUGAUGAAGGUUUAUCAUUGAAACAGUUGGUUAUCCUAGAAGAACUGUACUGUCUGCUGCUGUGCUUUGAGCAUUCUAUUGCGAUGUUUGGAGCACCCAUCAUCUCACCUGUGUGGGAUAUUGAGUGUGGAAAGGCAUUCUGCCUCCAUUUCGGUGAUCUUUGGCAGUGACUUACCAUUCCUGUUCACGGAACAUUUAUUUGUUUCUUGUUCGUUUGUGACUCCAUGCAAAUAUUAUAUGUCUUCUGUUUAUGUCUGGACAUAUGGCAGCCCUAGGAGAGUGCUCUUGUGCUCAGGUCCUGCUUCCCAAAGACAUCUGGCUGGUUGAAGUGAAAGCAGGAUGCUGGGCAAGAUGGGAUUGGCUGGCUCUUGCAUGGGGCUGGGCGAAUGUUUGGUUUGGUGGACAUCAACUUUUGCUUUGCACCAUCUUGGAAAGGAGAGCGAGUCCAUUCCAACAGCACAAUUAGCAGGGUGGAAUUUGAUGCGUUGCGGCCUCCAAGGCCUGCAGCUGUUAUUUUUAAAACGUUCCGCUCCACAGCAAGUUUCACCCCCGCUUUGCAAGUGAUUCCAGCUUCUGUCUGGCACAGGACUGAGGCUGAAUUUCUUCCAAAAAAAAGAAGAAAUGCGUUUCUUAUCAGCUUGGGCCUGGACGUUAUGUGUGCUCUGCCUAAGAAUUGCAGCACAAACAGCCCUCUGUUACCGCAUGGUUAUAAAUCCUGGGCCACAUAUAAAUCCAGAGCAUAUCAGAUGGCAGGGGCAUCGCUUAGGAUUAUUUUCCUAAUAACAUAAGAAGAGCAUACCCUCCAACAUUUUUCUGACGAAAAUAGGGACAUCCUAUUCUAUCCUUAUCAUUAUCGUUAUUGUACUAUUUAUACCCCACCCAUCCAGGGCCGGAUUUAGGUUUGAUUACUGAAGGUAAUGGGGCCCGUUAUAUGUCCAGCUCUCCUUUGUCAACAACAAAUUGCUGCUGCUUUUUGUGUUGAAUAUAUGCCAUAUGGUAAUUUAUGGACCUAAAAGGUAUCGCAAGCCAUUUGCACAUGUGGCCAUGCAACCAGUCCAUUCAGAAUGUAGGCUCCCUAUAUAUAGAAAGGAGCAAAGCAGUGAUAUUUUAGGGAGCAGGUGGGGCCCAUUAUUUACAUCAUGGGAACCUACACAGCACAAAACACUUUGCUGUAUGUAGGUUUUAUUUUAUUUGUAUUUUUUUAUCUUAUAUUUUGGAAACAUACAUCCAGGUGUGUUUUUUUUCUUCAAUUUUUUGGCCCUAAGCUAUAAGCUUGUUUAGCUUAUACAUAAAUCUGGCACUGCACCCAUCUGACAGGGUUAGCCCAGCCACUCUGGGCAGCUUCCCACAUAUAUAAAAACAUAAUAAAACAUUAAGCAUUUUGUUUAAAAAAGCCCCUUCCUUUUACUGGGCUGCCUUCAGAUGUCUUCUAAAGAUCCCCAUGGCUCAGGGGUCGCAUAACUCCCGACCCUCUCUACAUUUCUCCAAUGAAAAUAGGGACGUCCUAAGGAAAAGCGGGAGACGGGUGGCGGGACACAGGUGGUGCUGUGGGUUAAACCACAGAGCCUAGGACUUGCCGAUCAGAAGGUUGGCGGUUCGAAUCCCCACGACGGGGUGAGCUCCCGUUGCUCGGUCCCAGCUCCUGCCAACCUAGCAGUUCGAAAGCACGUAAAAGUGCAUGUAGAUAAAUAGGUGCCACUCCGGCGGGAAGGUAAACGGCAUUUCCGUGCGCUGCUCUAGCUCGCCAGAAGUGGCUUAGUCCUGCUGGCCACAUGACCCGGAAGCUGUAAACCGGCUCCCUCAGACAAUAAAGUGAGAUGAGCGCCGCAACCCCAGAGUCGGUCACGACUGGACCUAAUGGUCAGGGGUCCCUUUACCUUUAAGGAAAAGCGGGACAUUCUGCGAUCAAAUCAGAAAUCGGGACGGCUUCUGUAAAUCUGGGGCUGUCACUGGAAAACAGGGUUGCUUAUAAUAGAUAGAACAGACAGAGGCUUUUAAGUAGAGGUUUUAGCAAUUCCUGCAAUGCAUGGGGUUAACUAACCCAAAUACCUGCAGAAAGCAGGACAUGCGCACAAGAGCAGCCUCCCUUCUCACAGUUUCAGUAUUAAAAGCUUUUUCAAAGCAACUUAUAACUGCAGAAAUAAGCUGGGUCCUAAAAAAUAUGCACAAAACCACCAGGAGCUUCUAUGUGCAGAAAACAUUCUAAUAAAUGCAGAAAGACAACAAAAAAGUGGGUUGGGGACUUUUUACACAUCUGCACCUGGGAAUAACACCCUUGAGACUUUUCUUCUGCUGUCUGAAACAUUUGCUUAAGCAGUAAACCUCCACCAGUCUCUCACAAACUUAUUUUUCGCGCUGGUACCUCAGUUUUCGAACAGCUUAGAGCUUGAACGGCUUGGAGCCUUGCCUGCAAGCAGGAGUGGAGGCGGGGAUCUCUCAGAAGUGGAGCUGGCUGGGAGGCGGGGGCAGGGGCGACAUCCCUUGCCAGGGCACUAGGGCUGCAGGUUUUGGAUGCACACAUGCCAUAUGUUUGCCACCACUUGGCUAGGUGACCCUCAGGUUCCCUGCCAACCUGACAAUUCUAUGAUUCUCUACGAAACUUGCCCUGUCCAUUCUUCUGGCCUAGAUUGGGUUGAUGCUUCCCCCUAGUGGCUGCACCAGUAGCAAGCAGGCAAAGUUAAUUUGUGCUGGUGAUUCUAUACAGUGGCACCUCGGGUUACAUACGCUUCAGGUUACAGACUCCGCUAACCCAGAAAUAGUACCUUGGGUUAAGAACUUUGCUUCAGGAUGAGAGCAGAAAGCGUGCGGUGACAGCGGGAGGCCCCAUUAGCUAAAGUGGUACCUCAGGUUAAGAACAGUUUCUGGUUAAGAACGGACCUCCAGAACGAAUUAAGUUCUUAACCCGAGGUACCACUGUACAGCUUUGGGACCAGGAUACCUAAGAUAAGGCUGCCAUACAUUCAGAGUUUCCUGGACGUAGCCAGGAUUUGCUCUGUGGAAAAUGGCAUUCAGGCGGAAUUUUUGGAAACCGACUAAAAUGCCUGAGAAAACCCAGGCAUGUGGCAGUCCAUAUUGGAAGUGUUGAUUUUCCUAAAUAAAUUGGUGGAAACUUCAUUCUGGGGGGAGAUUCUGAAAAAAAAAAAAUUGCAACAAUUUUGCCCUCCCCACCCCCCAAGAAAAGCUCAAAAAAAACAAAAACAAAGCUCAACGGAUUUUCACUUUUGGGGAAUUUAUCUCCUUAUGUUGUAUCUUCCUGCACUCCUGCAUCUAUCAUCUUAUCAGGAGAUCCGUUCCAUACAAUUUAGGAACAGGUCUUGUGUGGCACUCAGCUUUUAGAAUACCUUCCUGAAAUAUAUUAAUACAGUUUUAUUAUAGUUGUAUUUUAUAAUAUAUAUGUAUCAUAAUUCUGUGCCAUCCCGUCCCCCUCCGUGCCUAUAUUUUGGUCACUGUCUAGGGUACCAGAAAGGUGGCUUAUAGAUUUUUAAAUUGAAAAGUGAAAUCAAGAACUGUAAUCCCUUUGAAUCUUCCUUCCUGGAGCUAUAUGCACUUAACCUUGAUUGGCCUCAGGGCAGGAGAGUCAAUCGGUUCAGAUUUGCCUAUGAUUGUGCAUAUCACCUGAAUUGGAAAUGUAUUUCCAGACCAAGCCUUAUGAGGAACAGUUGAGGGAGUUGGAUAUGUUUAGCCUGGAGAAGAGGAGACUGAGAGGAGAUUGGAUGUUGUUGUUUAGUCGUUCAGUCGUGUCCGACUCUUCAUGACCCCCUGGACCAGAGCACGCCAGGCACUCCUGUCUUCCACUGCCUCCCGCAGUUUGGUCAGGCUCAUGUUCGUAGCUUCGAGAACACUGUCCCACCAUCUCGUCCUCUGUUGUCCCCUUCUCCUUGUGCCCUCCAUCUUUCCCAACAUCAGGGUCUUUUCCAGGGAGUCUUCUCUUCUCAGGAGGUGGCCAAAGUCUUGGAGCCUCAGCUUCAGGAUCUGUCCUUCCAGUGAGCACUCAGGGCUGAUAUCCUUCAGAAUGGAGAGGUUUGAUCUUCUUGCAGUCCAUGGGACUCUCAAGAGUCUCCUCCAGCACCAUAAUUCAAAAGCAUCAAUUCUUCAGCGAUCAGCCUUCUUUAUGGUCCAGCUCUCACUUCCAUACAUCACUACUGGGAAAACCAUAGCUUUAACUAUACGGACCCUUGUUGGCAAGGUGAUGUCUCUGCUUUUUAAGAUGCUGCCUAAGAUUCUGCAUAUCACCUGAAUUGGAAAUGCAUUUCCAGACCAACCCUUAUGAGGAACAGUUGAGGGAGUUGGGUAUGUUUAGCCUGGAGAAGAGGAGACUGAGAGGAGAUUGGAUAGCCAUCUUCAAAUAUCUCAGGGGCUGUCCCAUGGAAGAGGGAACAAGCUUGUUUUCUCCAUCUCUGGAGGGUAGGACUCAAACCAAUGGCUUCAAAUUACAAUUACCUUGGUUCUCAAACACCUUGGUACUCAAACAACUCGGAAGCCAAACACUGCAAACCUGGAAGUAAGUGUUCUGGUUUGCAAACUUUUUUCAGAAGCCGAAUGUGCUUUGUUUUGAGUGUUACGCUUCCGUUUUGAGUGUUAUGCUGAGGUCUGCCUGUUUUUGCUAUUUAUUUUGCGUUUUUGUUUUUGCCACUCUUUUGUUUUUGUUUUUGUGACUGUGUGGAACCCAGUUCAGCUACUGACUGAUGGACUGAUUGAUUGAUUGUGUGACUGCAGUACAGUGGUACCUCGGGUUAAGAACUUAAUUUGUUCUGGAGGUCCAUUCUUAACCUGAAACUGUUCUUAACCUGAGGUACCACUUUAGCUAAUGGGGCCUCCCGCUGCCGCCACACGAUUUCUGUUCUCAUCCUGAAGCAAAGUUCUUAACCCAAGGUACUAUUUCUGGGUUAGCGGAGUCUGUAACCUGAAGUGUCUGUAACCUGAGGUCCCUCUGUACAUUUUUUAUGGAUCAAUGGUCUCAUUAGAUAGUAAAAUUCAUGUUAAAUUGCUGUUUUAGGGGUUGUUUUUAAAAGCCAGGAAUGGAUUAAUGCAUUUUGCAUUACCUCCUAUGGGAAAGCGUGCCUUGGUUUUGGAACGCUUUGGUUUUGGAACGGACUUCCGGAACGGAUUAAGUUUGAAAACCAAGGUACCACUGUACAAGAAAGGAGAUUCCAAUUUAACAUCAGAAAAAGCUUUCUGACAGUAAGAGCUGUGUGACAGUGGAACGGUCUCCCUAAGGAGGUGGUGAACUCCUUGAAGGUUUUUAAGCAGAGGUUGGAUCUGUCAUGGAUACUUUCGCUGUAUUCCUGCAUCGCAGGGGGUUCCUUGCAAUGCCACAACUCUAUGAUUCUGCGAGACCAACUUUUGUUUCCUCUUUCUCUCCCCCUUUCCCUCUUGCUUCUGCAGAUUUUUAUGACGAUUACUCCGAAGGCCGGGAAUGCGUCAACUGUGGAGCGAUGUCCACCCCGCUGUGGCGGAGAGACGGGACUGGCCAUUACCUGUGCAAUGCUUGCGGUCUCUACCACAAGAUAAACGGCAUUAACCGACCGCUGAUCAAACCCCAGAGGAGGCUGGUAAGGAAACGCCUGCGCCAACCUAGGAUGCUGACUCUGAACUCGGCCCAGAAGCGCGAUCUCAGUUUCUGGCGGCCAAUUAGAAAUUCCCAUUCCCUAGUUUAUGAUAUUGCAUCAUUGCUUGUUAUAUUUUUGCAUGUUCAGACCAGAAACCUCCCCCCUAAAUAAAUUCACACUUGUCUCAAAUUUUGGUUUUUGGCAGAAUUUAGGCCACAACUUUAUUGAUUACAGAAAGUGUCUGGUUGCAUAGGCUCUGGUUCAACUAGCCCCCUGCACCAUGGCAGGUAGUGCUGACCCAGGGUUCCAGCAUAGGUCAGCCAAGGGUGAACACCUGGAUAAGCAGAAAGCCCUGAGCGGGCUAUCUCUGCCACCCAAAUGUCCCCCUGGACUCAGGCACGGGCACAACCCCCUCUCAGGGGAUGACCAAACCAUCGAGUCCCUGGAUUCUUUUAAUGGAAUACCCUUCACAUGGGGAUGGCGAGAGCGUUCUCCCAUCCCUAUCACCUGAACCAGAGCCUACCCGCAACCUUACAAGUUGUGACGAUUUGCUAUGCGGCAGGCGAAACCCAAAUGGCAACAGCCAAUCAGCUAAGUGGGGAAAAAUCCUGCCGUGCCCCUGUCCCAACGACAGACGACAUACGACGGCAUAGCAAGGUCAAGCGCAAAGCCCUAAAAGUAGGGAGAGGUGGGCGGGUGUUCCAAUGCACGUGCCGAAAGAGGAAGCUCUGGGUCACGUGCAUGGGCAUAAAUAGGUCCCUUGAACCAUUUGGACUGCGUCCCAUUGGCCAGAUUGCACCCAGCUACGAGGGACCUACCAAUCGGGUGUUGUGGCUGACCAAUCGUACCCACCCACAACACAGGGAGUCGGUUGUCCAGGUCUCACCACAAUACGUGCCCUCUUUAAGGGAGGACCCGAUUUAAUACAAAGGUUCCCAACAUGGACAGUAGCGCCCCCUAGUGGCGGUGGGAUUACCUGGGAGGCUCUAAGAUGCUUGAAGACAGUAAAAAGUAAAGUAAAAAAGAGAGUAGGCGGUUGCUGUAGAUAUAAAUGACUAUCAGACUCUGAACAUCCCUGGAUCAAGUUCAUCAGUUUUGUUGAAUUAAUUAAACUAGUUUUCACUGGAUUUUGGAGGAACAUGCAAUUGAUGGUUACUGCGUUGUUUUAUUGCCUUGUUAGUGGGUCGUGCAAACUGACAUUCUGAAUAACGCCUUUUGUAAGGGGUUGCAGGGACAGGAAUAGGGUGGGCCCUGAAAACACAUGUCUCAGAUCUCCAAGGUCAGGGUAGAAGGGACCCUGAGGAUCAUCCAGUCCAACCCCCUGCAGUGCAGGAAUAGGCAGCUGUCCCGUAAGGGGAUCGAACCUGCAACCUUGGCGUUAUCCGCACCAUGCUCUAACCAACUGAGCUUUCCAGGUUGCAUCUUCAGCAUUCGCAAAAGCCGUGUAGCGAAGAAGCCAGAGGCACCUCUGUGGGGAGGGAAUUCCACAACUUAGGGGCCGCUGCAGAGAAGGCCCUGUCCUAGGCCACUCCGGCUGAGCUUCUGAGGAAAAAGGAACGAUCAAGGAGGCCCCCUCUGCUGAUCUUAAUAUCUGAGGGGAUCUGUAGGGAAGGAGCCGGUCUCUCAGAUGCUUAGGGCCCGAGUCAUUUCAUGCUUUGAACCCAAACUGUGAGCACCUUUAACUGGGCCCAGAAACAAACCGGUAGCUGAUGCAGCUGUUUUAGAACAGGGGUUGUGUGAGAUCUAGAGGUGACCACAGCCAGGAACCCGACCUCUGCAGACUUUAGGUUUUCUUAAAUAAGAAUGGUUUGCCCAAGGCCACUGGUGAGUUAACAGCCAUUUGUUCUUGCUUCCGACCCUUGUUCCCGCAGUCGGCUUCCCGUCGGAUCGGGCUCUCAUGUGCCAAUUGCCAUACCACUACGACCACGCUGUGGCGCCGGAAUGCAGAAGGCGAGCCAGUCUGUAACGCCUGCGGUUUAUACAUGAAGCUCCACGGGGUAAGAGCAACGUGCCAAAGCAGAGCAUUCAUUUUGCAGUCUCUCUGGAGCAUGGGAUAUGUAGUGUACGAAAAUGCUCUCCCUGCUUGGCUUUUCCUGCGCAUAGGGGAACUAUUUUAUUUUGUUCAGUCCUUCCAUUUGUUUUGACUUAGGGCCCUUGUAUUUACGGGACCGCCUCUCCUGGUCUGCCCCGCAGAGGACCUUAAGGUCCAUGAAUAAUCAUAGUUUAGAGGUCCCGGGCCCUAAUGAAGUCAGAUUAUCCUUCACCAGGGCCAGGGCCUUCUCAGUAAUGGCUCCGACCUGGUGGAAUGCUCUGUCCCAUGAGACCAGGGCCCUGGAGGAAUUAACUUCCUUCUGCAGGGGCUGUAAGACAGAGCUAUUCCGCCUGGCUUUCAAUUUGAACUUAGCCUAUCUUUUAUUCCCCUUCCUUCCCUCCCCCUCCCCUUUGUAUGAAGAUUACCCGCUCUGGGAUCCCACAGCUAAUUCCCCCCUGUCUCCUCGCUGGCCCAAAUAGGACUAAUUUAGCCAGCUAGCCCUGGUGAUCAUCUAAUGUUUAUUGGAUGGAUUUUCCCCCUAAAUUGAUUUUUGAAUUCUGAAUUUAUUGUUAUUCAUGUUUUAUACUGCAUUUUAUGCUGUUUUUUGUUGCAUCAAUGAAGUGCUUUAAAUUUGUUGUUAGCCGCCCUGAGCCCGGUUUUCAGAACCGGGAAGGGCGGGGUACAAAUAAAAAAAUAUUUAUUUAUUUAUUAUUCUCACCCCUCCUCCGCGAGGUAAGAGUGACACACCAAAGAAGAACAUACGUCUUGCAGUCUCUCUGGAACAUGGAAUAUGUAGUGUACAUGGCACCAUGGAACUACUGCCCGUGCUUGGCUUUUCUCUGUGGUGUGACAUGCAUUGUGGAACUAUUUGAUUUCGUCCGGCCGUAAAAUGAAAAGAAAACACUUAUUCAAUUAGUGCAUAGUUUUAACUGUGGAACUCCCUGCCACAGGAUGGUCACCAAGCUGGAUGGCUUUGAAAGAGGAUUAGACAAAAUUCACAGAGGAGAGGGCUGUUGAUGGCUACUAGACACGGUGACCAUGGUCUGCAAUUCACAGUUUGAAGCAUCAAUGCUUCGGAACCAGUUGCCUGGAAACCACAGGAGGAGAAAAGACUCUUGUGUUUAAAUCCUGCUGGUGGGUUUCCCACGGGCAUCCAGUUGGCCCCUGUGGGAAAAGGAUGCUGGACUAGAUGAGCCCUUGGUCGGAUCCUGCAAGCACUUUUUACGUUCAGAUGUUCUUAGCUUGUCUUCCUUGCGGUGAGAUGAAAACCUGCUACGAAACAGUUCUGCCUCAGUUCCUGGCUUUGCAGCCCAGCUCCCGUUAGCCAUGGACCGUGUAAUAUUGGGAGGGGUUGAUGUUCCUGGGGUUUUGUGCAUGUUCUAAAAGGCUGGUGUCUCCUUAGGUCCCGAGGCCUUUAGCAAUGCGGAAGGAAGGAAUCCAGACCAGGAAGCGGAAACCGAAGAAUUUAAACAAAUCCAAGGCGCCAUCAGGUGACUGCAGGGUUGCUUGCUUUGCAAAAUGUAUAUACCACCUCACAGCCCAAGUCAGAAACAAUGAAACAAUUUGUACAGAUCACCGAACCAUAGAAUUUUAGUCCCAACUAAAGAAGAAUGGCAAUUUAAGCUGAUGGAAUAUGCGCAACUUGCCGACUCAACAUAUAAUAAUAUACUAAUAAUAAUAGUUUAUUAUUUCUACCCCACCCAUCUGAUGAUGAUGAUGAUAAUAAUAAGAAGAAGAAGAAUACCUUUAUUGUCAAUGUACAACCUGUGCACAAUGAAAUUAACAAAGCCACUCUGGGCGACUUCCAACAAAAGAUUAAAAAUACAUUAAAACAUCAGUCAUUAAAAACUUCCCUAAACAGGGCUGCCUUCAGAUGUCUUCUAAACGUCAACAAGAAGAACAUACAUUUAGAAAAGACUGGAAAAUGUUUAUUGAAUAUGAGGGGAAAUUGUGUACACUUGAAAAAGGUUGGCAGCAUUUAGAAAAAUUCAACUGUGUAAAUAAGUUUUGAUGGAUGUAAUCAUGGAAUACUGAAUGGUUUAGUUUAUGUAAAAUACACAGGGAUCUAUGGCAUGCAAAAUGAACCAUGGAAAGACAAGAAGGGAAGUCAUUGAUAUUUUAAGGUUGUUCGAAUGAGUAUUCUAAAUUGUAAAACAAAAAAUUCAAACCACCAACUUUCUGGUUAACAGCAAAACCCAUUGCACCACACAAUUGAUUUUCCAUUAUUGAUCCACAAACAAACAUCACAACAUUGCAAUUUAUGUAAUUUCAGCUGAUUCCAGAGGACUUGAGCAGCAGUGCUAAAAGCCCAAGGGAGAGCCACCAGAUGCCCAGUUUGUUAUCUUUGCAAAAAAAACGGAAGGCUCCCCACCCCCACCCCCCGGAUGAAAAAAUUGACCACAACAGAAUCUGGCACAGUCUCAAGACAGACCUAGUUUAACGCAUUGUUGUCUUCUCCCUUCUCUUCUGCCAUGCCCAGGGUCUGCCAGCAGCGACAGCCUCCCCUCGUCCGUCAGCUCUGCCCCCUGCACCACCACGACAACAACCACAACUGCCAUGGAAAAAAUGCACCCCAUCAAAAUGGAACCGGGGAUCUCCUCUCAUUACGGGCACCAGGCGCCCAUUCCACAGGUGAGGAAGGAAGGAACCGCCACAGGAGGAACGGGGCAAAAGGAAAAGAUUGUGGGGCGAUUAUAGAAUCGUAGAACUGUAGAAUGAGAGGGGACCCUGCGGGUCAUUCUCUCAAUGCAGGAAUCACACCUAAAGAGUCCCUGAUGGAUGGCUACCCACAGGGCUGGAUUUAGCUUUGAUGUGGCCCUCAGCUACUGAAGGUAAUGGGGCCCUUUGUAUGUCCAGCUGUCCUUUGUCAAGAACAAAUUGCAGCCAAUUUUUGUGUUGAAUAUGUGCUAUGUGGUAAUUUAUGGACUUAAUAGGUAUCUCAAGCCAUUUGCACAUGCAGAAUGUAGGUAAAGGUAAAGGGACCCCUGACCAUUAGGUCCAGUCGUGACCGACUCUGGGUUUGCGGUGCUCAUCUCGCUUUACUGGCCGAGGGAGCUGGCGUACAGCUUCCGGGUCAUGUGGCCAGCAUGACUAAGCUGCUUCUGGCGAACCAGAGCAGCGCACGGAAACACCAUUUACCUUCCCGCCAGAGCGGUACCUAUUUAUCUACUUGCACUUUGACGUGCUUUCAAACUGCUAGGUUAGCAGGAGCUGGGACCAAGCAAUGGGAGCUCACCCCGUCGUGGGGAUUCGAACCACCGACCUUCCGAUCGGCAAGCUCUAGGCUCUGUGGUUUAGACCACAGCGCCACUCGCAUCCCUUGCACUAGGGUAUAAUUCAUCUCUAUUAAGCAUAUUAUUGUGUAUAAUUGCGAGUUGCUGCUGUUAAUUACUUCCUUCCCCUGCACUUCUGUUGAUAAUCUGUUUUUCUCUCUCUUUCUCCAUUCCACCUCCACACACCCCCAAAAUCAGGCAUUCUCAGUCGCUGCCAUGUCUGGACAUGGACCUGCUCUUCACUCUCCCAUGCCAAGCCUCAAACUUUCUCCACAGAGCUACCCGGUAUCUAUGAGCCAGUCUCCGCAGCCCAGCUCCAAGCAAGACUCCUGGAACAGUCUGGUCCUGGGUGAAAGCCACGGAGACAUUAUCACGGCAUAA